UAUAAAUGUGGCCGAAUAGAGCCGAACGCGUCCGAAUCCGCCCGCCCGCCUCAGUCCAACGCUAACUGCCGCUCCGACAUUCCCAAACCAUCGCAACCGAACGCGCGGUAACGAAACGUUCACUUGGUAAGGUCACACCGUAUACGGCAUUCGACGGUACACGCGAAAAAUUUUCAAAUUCCUAAUUUGGAACGCGUCCGUGAAAAAUAAAAAAAAUCCAGUGAAUUUGAAUUCUCGAUAUCGGUGUUUGAAGUGACAGUGUUGUGGACCUUCGAACGUUUUUCCCUGUUACCGCGAUGCAAAUGGUGGCGUGACACCGGGUUGACGUGAAUCAAUCCGCGAGAUGUCCCAGCCGCCAGGGCGCGGUCGCGCGCGGCCCCCGGGCCCCGCCUCCCCCCUCAACUACCGUCCCCCAUCACCAUGGGCUCCCAGCCCGCCUCCGCUCAUAUCAGGACCCAGGCACUCCACAGCCAUUGUGACACCCCCUCCAGUGCAUCCAUCCCCAAGACCAUUUCGACCUCUACAGUCUCCGCACAAUUUACGACAGCAUUCUCAAUCACCUAGUUCUCAUUUCUCCAUCUCACCCUAUCCCAUAUCUCCGAUAUUGGGGCAAAGUCCGGAGUACUAUUACUCGUCGCCUUACGAACCAGUUCGGGAGUACGAUUACGCGGGAGUGCCCCUGGAGCCGCCUCCGCCGCCGCGACCCAUGAUAUACGAGGAGGAUGAAGAGGAGCGAGGACCCUCCACGGCGGAGAUCAUUGCCCAGCAGUCGCAGGAGGGCUACGUGGACGAGAAGUUAGCAGAGUAUCAGGCGACCAUUCAGUUAUUGCAAGAUGAACAGGAAAGAGUACAGAAGAAGACGUUUGUCAAUUGGAUCAAUUCACAUUUAUCGAAGCGCAUACCGCCACUGCGCAUCGAUGACUUAAUAUAUGACCUGCGCGAUGGAACCAAACUGUUGGCGCUGCUCGAAGUGCUGUCCGGGGAGAAGCUGCCUAUGGAAAGAGGCCGCGUCCUGCGACGUCCGCACUUCUUAUCGAACGCGAACACCGCGCUACGUUUCCUUGCCGGCAAGCGCAUCAAGCUGGUCAACAUCAAUGCCGCUGACCUCGUCGACGGCAGGCCUGCUGUCGUGCUCGGCCUCAUCUGGACCAUCAUCCUGUACUUCCAGAUCGAGGAGAACAGCCGGGCUCUAGAAUAUCUGGGCGGGUCGAGAUGUGCGUCCGUCAUGUCGCAUGAGUCGGGGGCCGCCACCCCGACUCAGCGCGCCGAGGACAAGUGGAAGCAAGGCGCCAAGAAGACCCUGCUGCAGUGGGUCGCUAAUGCUUUGCCCAAGGAUUCAAACAUACAAGUAACAGAUUUCGGUCCAUCAUGGCGCGAUGGUAUCGCGUUCCUCGCCAUCAUCGACGCCAUUAAGGCGAACUUAAUCAACUUAGCAGAGAUGAAGAGGAAGACCAAUAGACAACGUUUAGAACACGCGUUUGACGUCGCUGAGACCGCUCUCGGCAUCGCAAGACUGCUGGAUGCAGAAGAUGUCGACGUUGACAAGCCUGAUGAAAGGUCCAUCAUGACAUACGUAGCCCAGUUCCUGCAUAAAUAUCCUGAACCCAAGACGACAGGACCGGAUGCCGUAGCGGCAGUGCAGGAGGAGUACGAAUCUCUUCGGAUGUGGCUGACGGAGCGCGUCACCACAGUCCAGAGGCAAUACGACUCGCGAACUCUCUCGCGGCACUACGAGGACUAUGUCCGCGCAGAGAACGAAAGGCUCUCUAGAGAACCCAUCUACCAGAAGCUAGAGAAACUCAUGUACACGCAGAGCCUUGUAGCCAUCGCGCCCAAGUCCUGGCGUGAACUAGUCUCCCUUUGGAUAGAAUUAGAAAGACUGCACAGAAGAUGGUUGUGGCUUUUAGACUCCGAACUCCCCGGAGACUUUAGAAAUGUCGGCGAGUGGUUAGCGAGGGCCGAAUACCUUUUAUACUUUGACGAAAUACCCACUAGCUUAGACGAGAGGACUGCUGCCAUUAUUAGCGAGAAAUUAGAGGAACACAGCGGCUUCUUCGCUGGUUUACCUGAAGUUAUCGACAGAUUCGAAGCGGCUUUAAGAUCCCCGGACGCCGCGAGGAUACCAGGUGAAAGACUCCAAGAUAUGAAGGAGCGUCUCGAGACAGUAAGUCGAAGGGCGCCACAGAGGAAGGCAAGGUUAAAGUACUUGGAGCACAAAUGUUGUAUCGUAGCCUUCACAGAGCUGACUAAAGCGAAGCUUGCCGCGUGGACCGGCAAGUACGGUCGCAUUGACCACGUCCGUGCCUUAUUAGAAGAUUAUGAUAAUUUCGUGACUAAGAAUAAGAUUUUCCAGGAGUUCGAUAGAGCUUACGUUGAUAUUAAGCAAGUAGCGGAGGAGUACAAGAGGGUUUGUGAAGUAGAUAGGACUGAAGCGAGAGAUAUUGAUACGUUCUUGAAGGACGUCGCGGAGUCGUGGAGACGCGUGGCGUCCGACGUCCGCUGCGCCAGGAGUGUGCUGGAAGAAGUCAUUGCUCAUUGGGAGCGGUGGAACACCUUAGCUGAUGACUUCACCACUUGGCUAGAUAAGGCACAGCAUAUGCUAAGAGUGUCUGAAGAUGAGAGAUUAGAGUUCUUCCAAGACUUGACGGUAUGGAAGGAGAAGCACCAACUGCUGGGUGACGCAGCCGGGUUCUUGGCUGCGACCUGCUCUGAGGAAAUCAGUCAGGAGAUCAAGAGGAAGUACGUUGAGAUCACUGAGCGUUGGGAACGCGUAUGGGAAGAAGCUGAAAGAUAUGUGCGCGGCGGCGACGCGCUACGUAACCGGCGCGAGUUGGCUGCCGGCGUCCACGCGCUGGACUCCUGGCUGUCCGCCGCCGACAACCUGCUGACCAGGCAACCUAGGGCCAACACACAGGACAUACAGGCUUAUAUCGACCAGCUGCUCCAACUUAACUCCGAGAUAGAACACCAUGAGGAACUGUUUAAGACUAUUAGCAGAACCUUCCAAAACGCGAUCGCCGAGAUGCCCCGCGACGAGGUAGAAGCCAACAUGUCUAAGCUCAAACAGCAGAAGGAGGCUCUCGUCCGAGUGCGGGCCACUGUCCCGGUGAAACUGCAUCAGUACCGACAGCUGCUGGUACAGCAUGAGUCGCUGGAGAGCGGACAGAAGGAGAUAGGAUCCUGGCUGGAUAAGGCUGAGGAGGCCUUGAGGAGUUCUGGAGAGACUAGACGCGAAGUAAUAUCAGAACGCUACGAGGUACACCGUACAUUCUUCUCCCGCACCACGUACUACCGCUCCAUGCUCGAGAGCAAGAACAAAGUCUUCCAGAACAUCGUCAAGUCGGCCGAUGCUGACAGGAGCGCUGAUGUUACUGAGCAGGUCAAACUCAUGCGGGAUCUUAACGAGAGGUUCGCCCACGUAUCAUCGGAAGCGACCCGUCGUGAAGCCGACUUACAGCGCCUCGUCCGCGCCUGGGAAGACUUCGACGCCAAGAAACGUGCCGUCGAAGAGUGGGCUUCAAGAGCUGAGGCACUGUUGGCAGAUAAUAGAGUGGACUCCAAGCAGGCCGUUGACUUCCACAAGAGAUUCUUCCAGGGAGCUGAUGAGAGAGCUGUCUCGGAGCUCGUUAGGUCUGGAAGGGAGUUGAUUGAGCUGGUAUCAGAAGAAGACCGUCCAUCCAUCGUGCAGACAGUGGAACAGCUGCAGCAGCGCUGGCGGUCCCUGCUGGACCGGGCGCCGCCGCACCUCAUGCGGCUGGAGUUCCGCCUCGACGAGACCGUGUUCCACCACUGCAUCAAGGACAUCGACAGGGAGAUCGUGUAUGAGGAGCAGGCGUACAACCAAAGCGACGACGCCGACGGCAUUCUCAUCCGCAACGAAGAAUACUUCCGCAACCAAGGCAAGAUCAUGCAAGUGGAGCACUGUCUCCAAAACCUGCACAAGAUAGCCACCAGCUACACACAUCAAACUAACGACAAUACUCUAGAAGAAUCUGUAAGAAAAUGCGAACAAAUGUGGGAGUCCACCGUCCAGAGGGUAGAACACUUUAGACAGCAGUUGCAGAGGAUCCCGGCGAAAUGGGAUGCAUAUAGGGAGAAGUUCCGUGAAAUGGAACGCUGGAUGGACCAUGUGGAUAAGACCAUGGAUAGCAUUGUGAGGGAGGUCGACUCGGCUGAGGCGUUUGAGAGGGAGAAGACUAUCUUCCAGAAUAUCUGCCGCGAAGCCGACAAGAAGCGUGAAGACAUGAAGUGGCUUGUCCAGACUCUUGACAUGCUCACUAACCACUGCUCUGAGGGAGAGGCACAAGAGGAGCAAGUACGACUCGAGAACCUUAUCGCGAGGUACAAGAACCUCAUACCUACCAUCGAGAUCACCAUGAUUAAGACUGAGACCUACACCCGAUGCUACACCUACCGCAGAGAGGUGCACGAAGUUAUUUGUGUACUCGAAAACGCUAAGGAACAAGCCAUGGUGGCCCCUGAACCUCAGUCUCUGCAACACGUAGAACAGUUAGUGCUGGAGCAACAAGCCGCAGUACAGAAACUCGACCGCCACCGACCCUCAGUCAUGGCCAUGCUACAAAGAGGCAAAGACCUCAUCAAGGACGCCAAUGCACCUGCCUUCGUCAGGGAGGACGUUAAGACCCUCGAGACUGGCUGGAACACUGCUUACGAAACCUCCACGGACCGUCUGCACAAACUGCGUGACACACAGAAAGUAUGGUCCAACUAUGAGUACCAGAAAGAUGAACUGCUCUCAGACCUCGACAAGUAUGAGAGCUAUGUCGUUCACCCAGGACUUGAACUCGGAGUCACCAACAUCGGCCGUGAACUUCAAGAAACGAAGACGAUUAAGACUGACAUUGAAAAGGCGAAGUCUGAAAGACUGCCUCAGUUGCAGCAGGCUUACAGCCAGUUACGUACUCUGACAGCAGAUAAACCCAAACCCGUGAUUGAGAAAGAUCUGGAAACUAUUGAACGUAAGUUGGUAAGAGUCCAAGAUGAAGUAGACAGCAAGGUCGUGCAUUUAGAGAAGUUCAACGAAGAAUGGGUCAAAAUUGAACACAAACUGGAACAUGUCAGAGAAUGGAUUAAGAAAGAAAGUCCGAUCUUAAUCCAACAAAUCCGUUCUGAGAAUAUCACUCCUGAAGAAAGAGUGAUUAAAUCGCAGUCGCUACAGAAAGUUAUUGCUGAAAAACUCGAGACCAUUCGAGGUGUUGCUGACCAAGGAACUAAGUUGGCUGUCGAACAUCGUGUUCAAGAUGCCAACAGACUCAAAGGAGAAGUCGCUUUGCUGGAGAAAAUGAUGGCUGACCUGCAACGGUCAACUGAACACCAGACUAAGGUGGUUGAACAUGACUUGGCAACAUACCAGAAGUAUCAGAAGGGAGUUGCUGAAAUCAAACCUUGGAUUGAAGAAGCUGAACUGAAGUUAGGCAACGUCCCUAAACCUACAACAUUGCCUGAGGCUCAGCAACUACAGCAACAGUCUAAGGCUUUGAUCACUGACUGCGAGAAACAGCUAACGAACUUGCAAAUCUUAUCGAGUGUCAGUCACCAGCUGUCCGGUAAGACAAGUGCUCCUGAUGAAGUAGACGCCAUCCACUCAAGGUGGGCUGUAGUACAUGACUUGGCUGACCAGUGGAACAACAAACUGGAUAAACUUGUUACCAACUGGGAGAACUUCGAACGUGAAGCCGAGAAACUGGAGACUUGGAUCGAAAACGGUGAAAAACUGUUGAGUAGCAGAAACGUUUCCAUUGACUCGCCACAAGUUGAAAAGCUAGAUAGGGAGUUGAACAAACUCAAGUCAUUUGGAAACGAGAUUUCACAGCAACAAGCCAAAAUCAUUAGUCUGUCACAGACUUGUGAUAAUAUCUGUCACAACAUACAGCCCGAAGGCGCUACUCUACUGAAGAACAAAGUUUCGGACAUAAAACAACGCACAAACGAUCUCGCUGAGACAGUGAGGUCUCGAGUCAACGAGCUGUCCGACAAGAUCAUUGUCAGACAGGAGUUCAUGACCAAACUACACAACUUUGACAACUGGAUUACAGACUUCAGAAGGAAGACUGAAAGCUACGAUCAAAUCGGCGCCGACAAGGUAGAACCAACGCUACAAUCUAUGCAUGUACUUUUACAAGAGCAUGCAGCUAAGGCACCUGAGUUCACUGAAAUUUACAAUGAAAUCAAGAACAUGACUCUCGCUUCACACCCAGACGAAUCUCGGUCGUUAAGCGAAACUUACUCCAACAUUGCCGAACACUACCAGAUUAUUGAGAAUAACAUUCAACAAAACAAAGGCAUUUUACAGAAAUGGUCAGAUCUACUGAACUGGUAUGACGAAUCUAAGCAACAACUGAACCACAUUCAGUACCAGAUCGAAGGUCCAAAACUUACACCAGAAAGUUAUGAAAUUUUGAGACAAGAACUUGUUAAUGUUAUCACCAAAAUUCCUGAAUGGAAGAGCAAUGUUGCUCUCUUAGAUGGACCUUCAAAGGUCAAAGUAACUGACCAGAAUACCGGCCGUAUUAUGUCUCCUACAAGUAUUGUUAAAGAGAUCGAAAAUAAGGCAGAAGCUUUGCUUAGCCAGGUGACCAACAAGAGAGACUUGGUACAGAAAGUAGGCGCUAGAUGGGACAAGUUUAAUGUACAGCACAAUGCUUUGGGAGAAGUAUUGCAUAACGUACAAUCUGUGCUCAAUGAAAUGUCUCAGAAACCAGUGCCAUUAACUGAAGCUACCAUCCAAGAUAUGACAGAACAGCUGGACAAAUUGGACGCUGAGAUGAAAGAGAAACAGUCCAUUCGUAAAGAACUGAGAGAAGAAGGACUUCACUUAAUGAGAGAAGAUCAGCCCAACAUGGGCACGAUACAGAAUGCUUUGUCUACUGCUGACAACAACUGGGACCAAGUUGUUAAUGCUGUUCGUGACACUAAGAACAAGUAUAUAUUACUGUCUUCAACACUACAUGAACUGAAGAACUUCACAGUAGCUUUUGAUAGAGAAAUGAGCAGGGCUGAGCAACUGUACAAUGAAAGCAAGGAUGCGCCUAACGAUUACAUACAAACCGGACAGGCUUUGGAGAAGGCCAAGAAAUCGUAUGAGAUCCUCAAGAGAUCUAAAGGUUUACUAGACCAAAUGGAUGUGAUUAAACAAUCUGUACUCAAACAGGCAUCUACAUUGGGUGGAUUUGAUACCAGCCCACUUGAAGAAGCAUUCUUGACGUCUCAGACACAGUGGGAGAAGGUCAACGAUGCUGUUAUCAAGAGAAUACAGGAUUUGGAAUCUCAACUCAUCGUCUGGAGACAGAUUGACGACACAAAGAACCAAGUCGUCGCUUGGCUAAGCGAAACUGGUCAGAACUUGGCCAACGCUUGUGACAACUUAGAAAUCAGAUUCGGACAAAGCCAUCUUACGAAAUACAAGGAAGAACUGCCAAUAUACACUGGUCUUAAAAAUAGCAUCAAAGCCAAAUGUGAGCAGAUCACUAAUCUAAAUAAGAGUAUUCCAGUGAGUCAAGUAUCUUCAAUCAUUGACUACUUAGACAACGAGUUUGCCGCUCUGCAGUCACUUGCUGAUAACUUAGAAAGCGCGGUGUCAUCACUUGGAACUAAAGAAACAAAACUGAAGGACCAGAUCAAACGCCUUUCCGACAAUGUUAGCAAAAUCCGUGAUGAUAUCAUUAAAUGCGAUGAUAUGACAGGCGAUAACGCUAAGAUUCUCGACCGUUUGAAGAAGUGCCAAGCCUGCAAAGCCGAGCUUCAGAACUUAAAUGACGAAAUUGAUAACUUGUCUCAAAAUGUUUCGGAAAUGAACGCUAACUAUCCAGGCUUCUACGAAUCAUUAGUGCCGAAGGAACUAAGCACUUUGCAGAAGAGAUUUGAGAGUGUCUUAGUACAUGCAAACAAAACUGAAAUCACACUUCUGACAUUCUUGCAAAAACUAUUUACUGACAAGCUUGCAAUGUUCAACAGAAAUUUGAAGAUUUUGGACGACAAAACAAGAUGGUGCAUGCCUGACGUCACUAGUGAUAAGUACAACCUCGAAGUUAAGAGUGCUGCUCUUGUAGACGUUGAAAAUGGCAUCGCUGACUGUAGAGCCAAAGUUGCAGAGUUGAAAGAAGCUCGCGAUAUUCUCAAAGUUGUAGCCGAGCCCGCUUGUGCUCAAGAAGCAGCACAACAAACUGAGAAAGCACAGAAGAACCUCGAUGUUCUUAAUGCUAAUUACGAAGAAAUCAAAAACAGAUUGAAAGAGAACAUUGAAGCUUGGCAAGAAUAUGAAGCUUUGUUGGAAAACGUUUCAGAGUGGCUCAAAGAAAAAGAAAACAAGGUGAGACAAGAAGCUGCCAAUUUAUUAAGCUUGGAUGAAAUUGACGCUAAAAUCGCAGAAGUUGAGAAUCUUGAUAAAGAAAUCAAGGAAUACGGUACAGAGGUCAGCAAACUUACUGAAAUUGGAGAAAAGAUAUUGGCUCGCAAUCCAGAUUCACGUGUUUUGCAACACAUUAACCAUUUGGUAUCUAGAUACCAAACUGUUGGCAAGUUCAUGGAGAGUCAUCUUAACAGGCUCAAGGACCUGAAAGACAACAAAGCCAAGUAUGACAAACAUAUUGCUGACUUCAAGAACUGGCUACAGGAUGCCAACGGCAAAAUUAAGGACUUAGCUGUUAUGAGCAAACAUGCCAAACCAUCGGCAGCUGAUUUAGCUCAAGUGAAGAAACUCAAUGAGAACAAGGAUGUUGGUCAGAAGCUCCUCAACAAUGCCAUCGGAUCUGGCGAAGCUCUGUUCAGUGGUAUUACACCAGAAUGCCGCGAACAAGUAAGGAAUGAACUGAGAGCACUCAGAGACUACUUCGAAGAUUCCGUGGAUUCACUCAACAACGUUAUCAAGGACAUCGAAACGACAAUCAAUAAACGGUCAUCCUUCGAUGAUACGUUCAAUCAAGUACAAAAAUGGAUCGGUGACAAGGAAAAGGAACUUGGUGAAUUCAAACUUUGCCCUACGUUACCUGAAAAGAAGGCGCAGCUUCACGCUAACAAAAUCUUGCACCAAGAGGUUGAAUUACAUCAAUCAAUGCUCACACAAUUGACUGAGAAGAUCAAGCUAAUGCCUGAUGAGGAAGCCGAAAAGAGCCUGUCUAAAACGAUUGACAGGUACAGAGAUAUGUCUAAGGAGCUUGAAAAGAGAAUCUCGACAUGUGAAGCUCAUGUUGCCGACCAUGAGAAAUACGUUAACAUGUUUGAAGAUGUCCGUGACAGACUUAACCACAUCGUUGCUGAAAACAGCAUGCUGAACUACGGUUCUGUUACUCAGAAAGAUGAUGUGGAUGCUAAGAUUGCCGCUAUCGAGAAAGUAACAAUAAAGGCUAAAGACAUUCAGAAUAACUUGGCUGGCCUUAAGUCACAACUUGAAACAGUCAUUGAGACGACUAGUCCUAAUGGACACCCGGUACUCAUCAGCGAGUAUGAACAGCUCAAAGCUAUAUGGGACCAAUUAUCUACACAAUGCAAGGAACAGGACAAGAAACUCAAGGAUACUCUUAAGCAAUGGACUGAAAGUCAGAAGACGUUGGAUGAACUCGAAGAAUGGCUGAAGGUCAAAGAAAACCAAGUCAGGGACCAAAGCCUUAAGAGUAACCUCGAAGCUAAGAUUGCUCACCUACAGAAAGUGAAGGAGAUUCAGAAUGAGCUUGCCGCAAGAAGCGCCGAUUUCGCUGCACUAACUGACACCAAACAGAAUGUAGCUACUGAAUCUGAACUAACCAAUAAGACAUCUAAACUGGCAACAAGAUACCACACGCUCAAUAAUCUUGUUAACGAAAUUAUUUCCAAGUAUGAAGUAUUCGUGUCCGAACACCAGACAUUCGAAAACGAGUACAGCAAUAUGGAGAACUGGCUCAUGGGAAUGCUCGGUGAGCUUCAAGAUCUCAACGAAAUCGUUGGAGACUAUGCUGUCUUACAAGAGAAACAAAACAAAGCUAAGGAACUUUACGAGACCAGAAACAAAAAGACUCCUGCCUUUGAAGAAUUCUUAAGCCUCGGUGAAAAGCUGUAUACACACACCAGCCCUGACGGCAGAGAAGUUAUUCGUCAAAAGAUCCGCAAAAUAAGAACACUGUGGGACAGCUUUGGCGACAGCUUCCAAGAAACUGUCAACAAGUUAGAUCAAUGUCUACUACAGUUCUCAGACUUCAGCCUUGCUCAGGAACAACUGACGAAAUGGCUUAAGGAUGUUGAAAGGGCCAUGCAACGUCAUACUGAGCUCAAAGCCUCUCUUGAAGAGAAGAAGGCGCAGUUGCAGAACCACAAGAUUAUGCACCAAGAGAUUAUGACUCACCAACAACUGGUUGAAUCUGUCUGCGACAAGGCCCAGCAAUUGGUUGACCAGACCCAUGACGCUUCUCUCAAUGUUUACCUGCAAUCGAUCAAACAACUUUUCCAAAACAUUGUCACCAAGUCUCAAAACCUUCAAGACAAUUUGGAGGACUGUGUGAAGAGACACGAAGACCUUGUACGUCUUAUUCAACAGUACAAAGAAUGGCUUGGCUCACAGUCUGAGAAGCUCCUAGACAUUGAAAAUGCAACUGGUGAGAAACCCGAGAUCAUCAGAAAACUGCAAUCAGCUAUCGCUCUAAAAGACAUUGAAAAAGUAGGCUCCGCCAAGUUGGAUGAAAUUAGAGCAGUCUUCACAAAUGUUAGCAAGAGUACGUCUGAAGCCGGUAACACCGCUAUCAAGGCUGAAAUUGAUAAUUUGCAUGAUCAGCUGCGUAAUGCUGUCGAAAAUAUUUCCAGCUCAGAACAGAAACUCAAGCAUACUCUGGAGAUCUGGAACAAGUUCGAUUCUUCAAUAGAAUCUAUUACUGAAUGGCUUAAAGACAUGGAGUCAAAAUGCCGAGACCAGAGCCUUUGCUCCACUCUUCAAGACAAAGAAGCACAGUUGCAAAGAUAUGUUGACUUGCGCAAUAACAUCAACGCUAAGGAAAAGGAAAUCGAUGCCUUCGUCGAUGAAUCUCACAGUCUUAUCCAACUGAGUGGUACUGAACGACUCAAGCCUCUUGUAACUCAAGUGAGCAGUCGUUAUCAACAGCUACACCUUAUCUCCAAGGAAAUUGUUAACCACUGGUCUGAAUUAGUCGCUGACCACAGGAAGUAUGCUCAGCUCCGUAGCGAAUUCGAUGCUUGGCUGAAACCAUUAGAAGAACAGCUAUCACAAAUGGUUACUAAAGAAGACAAGCUAAGCAUUGAGAGCAAGGGCAACAAACUUCAAGUGUUCUUGAUGGAGAGGGAAAAUGGUGAACACAAGAUCAGUAUACUCACUACUGCCGGUGACAAAGUUCUACCCGAGACUGCUGCUAACGGCAGAGAGAACAUUCGUGCGGAAAUAAGAGCUCUCCGAGAAAGGUGGGACAAGCUAAAUGACACAAUCCUUCAACAACAAAAAGAAUUCGAAUCUCAAACACUGCAGUGGUCAAGCUACCAAGAUGUAUUGCAGCAGACUUUGGCUUGGUUAGAUGAGAAAGAGAAGAUUGUCGAUGCCGAAGAAAAGGCUGUGCUCAACUCUGCUCAAGAAAUCAAGUCUAAAUUGUUGAAGAACAAGACUUUACUCCAAGAAAUCUAUUCACACAAGCGAGUAAUAGAGACAGUCACUGAAAAAGCAAAGAGCGUAUCCGCUACUCUUCACUCAGGAAAGGGAGAGAGCGAUGAAAUGACUGCCAUCAUCAAAUCAGUGUGGGAUAGAUACAACGCUCUUACAAACAGGUUGACUGGUAUCAUUGAUAAACAUGAGAGCACGUUUGACAUCUACCAGCAGUUUGCUGAUCAACAGAAAUCCCUGCAGGAUUACCAAAAGCACCUUUGGGAUCGUCUUCAUUUGUUAUCCGACUUCAGCGGUAACAAAGCUGCAUUGCAGAGCAAAUUGGCCAAGAUUCAGGAGCUGUUAGAUGCCAUCCCAACUGGAAAUAACAAGUUGAAGAUGUUGUCUGACCUUAUUGAGAAGAACAACGCCAGACUGUCACCCAGAGGUAAAGAUGGUAUGUCUCGCGAGUUGAGUCUGCUCCGAGCUGAUUUGGAGAAGUUCACCGCGACGGUUCAUGACGUGAAACGGGGCAUUGAAGACAAGAUACAGCAAUGGAUCGAGUUCGACAGUGCCAACGAUCGCCUGCAACACUGGCUGAGUGACACUGAGAUGAGCCUCAAGACCUACACUCCUAAGGCAACCCUUGAGGAGAAGGUGGAUCAACUCAACAAAUACCAGGAUUUAUGUAAAGCGAUUGAUUAUCACGAAAAUGAUUUGAGUGCAGUCAUUACUUUGGGCGAGGCCUUGGAUCAAGCUAUCUUGGCUAACCUGAAGAAGACUGAAAAUGACGUCGACAAAUUGACUGACGAGUUCAGCGACCUUAUUGAGAACUGUAACGAUACUAGGAUCACAAUGAACUUGCAACAGAUGACGUCACGAUUCCAAUCGGUACAGUCGACUGCAAAGGAGCUUGUUAAGAAAUGCGAACAAGCCGUGAAUGACCAUAAUGCCUACCAAGAGAAGUAUAACCAAUGCACUGACUGGUUGAAGGCAGCGCAACACAAAUUCGACGAAUGCAAAGACAACUUGUCGAAUACUCCCGAAGGCAUCAGCGCUAAACGUGAGAGCCUUAACGACUUGCUGAGUCAAAGGCGUAACGCUACUCUGCUUGUCAACAACACCUUUGAAUUGGGAGAGAAAUUGUAUCCUUCCACAUCACCCGAAGGUAAAGAAAUUGUUGAGCAACAGCUUCACGAAAUCCAACAAGCUAUUGACAACUUAUACGACAACAUCACUAAGGCUGAGAGAGACCUUGAUUCAGAACUCAAUAAAUGGUCAUCAUUCGAAGAUAACCUUAAGACCGUACAGAAAUGGCUGACAUCUGCUGAGAAGACUCUGCCUAAAGAGAUUGAACUGAAGGCUACUUUGGAUGAAAAGCGCAAUCAACUCAAUGUCUACAGGACUUUCUUACAAGAUGCCAUCACCCAUCAACAAGAUAUUUCUGAUUUGGAAUCUCGUGCUCAAAGCCUGCCUGAUGUUAGCAAAGAUAUUGCCAAGGAAAUUAACCAACUGAAACAGAGGCAUGAAACUAUUCUUGCUAGAGCUAAAUCCUUUGUGGAGCAAUAUGAAGCGAUUGUUAAUAACCACCAGCAGUACACCAAGGCUGUCAAGGACUUGGAAGAAUGGGUUGAAGCCACACACAAUACAGCUCAACUGUGGGGUGAUGUCAACCUUGAACGCGUCGCGCUGAGCAGCAACUGUGAAAAACUCAAGUCUCUUCAACUUAACCUGCCUGAAGAAAAGUACCGUAUUGACAAGAUUCGUUCCCUCGGUGAAAAGGUACUGCCAGGAACUAUUAGCACUGGACAAGCAAAUAUCAGGAACCAGAUCGAUGCAUCCCACCAAGAAUGGGAAGGCCUUGUGUCGUUCAUUAACAAGACCAUCGAGGCUAUGGAAAAUAAGAUCCAACAAUGGAACGAAUACGAGAACAUGAAGGAUCAAUGCUUGGCCUGGAUCAGGAAUACCGACAACCAGAUCCAUGCCGUAGACUUAAAGGCUACUUUGCCAGAAAAGCAAGAACAAUUCAAGAAGUUCCAGGAGUUACAAGGUGAAGUUCGUGCUAAAGAGCUUGAAAUUGACAACAUUACUGAGAAAGCUCAGCACCUACACACUGGUGUCUUUGGACCACGUGCUUCACAGAUUUCAGAUCUGUCCGUUAAAUACCAAACUCUUUCACAAAAGGUUAAGGAUCUGACGAACAGAUGGCAACAGUACGUUAAGACCCACCAAGAGUUUGCCAGCAACGUCACUGAAUGCUCGCAAUGGAUUGAGGAGCUGAGAGACAAACUGGACUUCUGUGCAGAUUUGAGCUCUUGCUCUCAAGAUGACCUGGAAACCAAAUUGGUAUUGAUCCAAAACUUGUUGCUAACAAAGGACGAAGGUUUUACCAAAGUCCAGUCACUUGUUGAACUAGCCCAAAACGUUAUGGCAAAUACGGCUCCAGCUGGCCAUGAAGCUAUCAACAAUUCAUUAGUUGCACUGCAAGAACAGUGGUCGGCAUUGUUGUCCAGAAUGAUCGAAACCAAGAAUAUGCUGGACGACUCAGUCACCAAAUGGGCCGGAUUCCUUGAACAGAUACAGCUGAUUGAGAAGAGCAACACUUACCUUGAGAACAUGUUAGCUGAACUUACUCCUUAUGAGGCGUCCAUGACCGACAAGAGGGCACAGCUUGAAAAGCUCAAGGAAGUUGAAGAGAAGGCCCGUUGUGAUCGUCUUGAAGUAGACACACUAAAAGCUAAAGCAGCUGAAAUGAUUGCCAGUGGCCAACAAAAUCAGGCCGCAUCGAAAGCCCAAGAAACUUUGAGCAAAUUCGAUAACCUGUAUGACAAGAUUAAGAAACUUCUUGCCGACCGCGAAGAGCAAUACAAGGAUCACAGACUGUAUAAGGAAGCUCAUGAUGAGCUUAUACAGUGGUUAAGCAGAGCACGAGAAAAGGUACCUUCUCUUAAAUCCAAACCAUUGAGUGACAAAUUGGCAAUUGAGAAUUCUGUAGCACCUCUGGAUGCUUUGAUCAACAAACAGGCUCAAGGAGAGUUGUUGUUAGAACAUCUGCAACACACUGGUGAAGUUGUCCUGGCUAGCACAUCGCCUGAAGGCCAGACAGUCAUCAAGAAUGAAAUGAAGGCUUUGAAGGAAAGCUUUGACGAUCUGUUCAACGAGAUCAAACAACAGAAGAGCCAACUGGAGGAUACAGUUAACCAGUGGCGAGAAUACAAAGAUGAGUACGAGAGACUGUCUGAUUGGUUACAGCAAAAGGAAAUUCUUAUCAAGAAUCAGAAAUUGGCCCUGCUUGGAACAGCUAAGGAAAAGGGUGCUCAGGUCAACGAAGUUAAGGAAAUAGUUGACCAGCUGAACAAAGGCAAAGCUGACAUCGAUAAGUUCAAUGCCUCAGCUUCUGGUCUUCUGGCUUCACACUUGGACACUUAUGUCAACAACCAGUUGCGUCAUCUUAACUCCAGGUACCAGGUACUUGUGAACAUGGCCAAUGAUGUACUCAAGAAGGUUGAAACCAAUUACGAACAGCAUCAGACCUACGAUGAUAAUUAUGCAAAGACCAAGAAAUGGAUCGAUGACGCUUGGGAGAUCACUCGCAGUGGCAGUGAUGCUGGCAGUAACAGCAGCAAGGAAGCCCUGCAGAAGCGUCUAGAACAAAUCGAGGACUUGCUUAAACGUCGUGAGGAAGGCCAAAACCUUGUUCACGCAACGGUUAACAGCGGAGAAAAGGUCCUCAGAAACACGAGGUCUGAUGGCAAAGACAAGAUCAACACCGAACUUAAGGAACUACAAAAUGAGUGGGACCGAUUGGUCAAGAAGAUGAGUACGGCCAAGGUUCAUCUCGAAACUGCCUUGCUCCAAUGGGCUGACUACAGCUCAAGUUAUUCACAGCUCCAGCAAUGGAUAUCCGACAGAGAAGCAAAACUCCAAGAAGUGUGUGAACAGAAAGUUGCCAAAUCCAAGAAGGGGCAAGACCGCCUCGCCGGACUCACGGCCGGUCUUAGCCUGCCUGAGAGGAAGGCCACACUCCGUCAAACAAACAAUAUUGUGCAAGAUAUCGUUUCGUUUGAACCCAUGAUUCAGUCUGUAACUUCUAAGGCUUCAGAACUUAUGCAACAAGCUCCGGCGUCUGAGAUCACCAGCAAAUACGAGACUCUGUCUAAACAGGCCAAAGACUUGUAUGAGAGACAGAGAGAGACUGUAGAACAACAUCAAGCAUUCAUCGAUGCUGGCUCAGACUUCGUCCAAUGGAUUAGAGCUGCUAAAGAGAGAUUAGGAAAGUGCUCUGAUGCAACCGGAGACAAGGAAUCGUUGAGUAGUAAGAUCUCUCAACUUAAAGUAUUGGAAAGCGAGCUGCCCGAGGGUCAAGCGAAGCUGCAGAAAGCUCUGGAACAGGGUGAGAUAUCUUGCGGCUUGGCUGAUCAUGAAGACAGAGAAGAAAUUGAAGAAGAAGUAGCUCUUAUGCAGGAAGAGUACGAUACCUAUGUUGAACAGCUUAAUAACACCAAGGCUCUGAUCGAAGGCGGUAUCGUCAAGUGGACAGAAUACGAAGAGCAGUACAAGGAAGCCUUAGAUUGGUUGUCAAAGACUGAGAAAUUAGUGCAAUCCUUUAACAAGCUGCAGAAUAACUUGGAACAGAAAAAGGUGGUGCUGGAGGAGUUCCAGGGUCACCUCCAAAUGCUAUUCGACUGGCAAGCAGAGCUGGACAAGCUGAACGUGCGAGCACAAACCCUGCUCGAGACCUGCGCAGACACCAGGAUCUCUAACGGCAUCACACAGCUGACCACGAAGUAUAACGCUCUGCUGUCACUGGCUAAGGAGGUCAUGAAGAGGCUGGAACUACAUUACCAGGAACACCAACAACACAACGCUCUGUACGGCGAAUGCCAAGACUGGCUUGACAGAACAAGAGAGAAACUCAACCAAUGUGCCGAAAUACCGAACAACUUACCUGAAGUUAACAGCAAACUUAACACUGUUAAACUGCUACGUCAAUCCUUGGAGCAAGGCCAGAACAAACUGAGGUACCUUCUAGAACUUAAAGAGAAGGUGAUUAUGAAUACUGAGCAGGCUGGAGCCGCGAAGAUUCAGGAAGAUACUGAUAAUUUGAAGCAGGAGUUUGAUAAGCUGAUCGCUGACUUGCAAGAUGUGAGGAACAAGCUGACCAAUAGAGCGGCGCAGUUCGAUGAUAUUUCUAAGAUCCACAAGCUCCUAGUAGAAUGGUUAGACGACAUCGACCAGAAGAUCCAGUCGGAUGACUCUCUUCUCCAAGAUCUAUCAGAGAAGAAGGCUAAGCUAGAGAAGUUCAAGACCUUCAACAGAGACAUUGACUCCCACAACGAUCUCGUCAAGAGGUUGAAUGAGAAGCUGAAGGAAGAUGCGUCUCUCAAGUCUAAAGGUAUUGAGGAUACGCUGAAGAGGUACGAUGAUAUCAGGAAGACUGUCAAUGAGAUGAUUGCGAAACUGGAAGAAUACGUGAACUCGCACAUCCAAUACAAAGAAUCGUACGACAACUUCUACGACUGGAUCAGGAACUGCAAGAUUGAGAUCCAACAAUGUUCCGACUCCCACGGCGAGAAGGACUCUGUGCAAAAGAAACUUCAGAAAGUCAACAAGAUCAUCGAGUCUUUACCUAAAGGUGAAGCCUUACUUAAGAAAGCUAUCAGCCUCAGCAAUGCUGUGCUAGAAACUACUGGAAACGAAGGCAAAGACAACAUUAACCAAGAAAUUAAACAGCUGAAGAUCGAAUGGGAGAACCUUCAACAGAUAUGCAAGGAUACCAAGAAGUUACUUGAGAAAUGCCUGUCGGCCUGGUCUGAUUACUUGGAGACAUCGGAGAAGAUGAGCAAGUGGGUGAAAGAGUUUGAUAAUAAGUUAAAGACUGUGCAAAAGGUGGACAAGAUCACACCUGAACAUCUUGACAAGUGUCGCGAACUUCUGUCUGAGGCAUUAGGACACAAACAUGUCUUAGAAGAACUGAACGACAGGUGUGAAAACUUAAUGGAACAGAGCGCUUGCGCCUGGGUCCGCGACAAGACAGUCAACUUGCAAACCGAAUACACAACCUUGUUGACUAAGAUCCAAGGUCUAGUUUCCAAUGGCGAGAAGAACUUGUCUGACCACACUGAGUUUAUCAAGGCUAAGGAAGAUUUACAGCAGUGGUUGGAGACUGCUCAUGGCACUGUCCAAGAUUCCAUUGGAGUUGGUGAUAUUGAAACCACUAAAGAUAAACUAGAGACAGUCAAACUGGUUAACAACAGGAUGACUGAAGGUCACCAUCUACUUGUUGUUUUACAAGAGGCGUUUAAGAAAGCUCUUAACAACACUCCGCCUGAAGAACAAGAUGGUCUCCGCAAUGACGUCAAAGUAUUGCAGGAGAGCUGGGACCAACUGAAGAUAGACCUCAACUCUAUCACAGCUCAGCUCAAGGCCGCCAUUGGAAAAUGGGAGGACUUCGAAGAGUCCAAGAAGAAGAUGGACCAAUGGAUCAAGGAGACAGAACAGAACUUAGACAAGGUCCCACCAACUGGCGGAGAAUUGGGAGAGAUGAAGACUCUUCUGGAAAAGUACAAGCAUAUUGAAGAUGAAAUUGACAACAAGAAGCCUGAAUUAGACAGACUGAAGAGCGAAGCCGCUGAACUCAGCUCUUGGGCUAAGAAACCAGCUAUCAAAGAAUCAGUCACAGAAAUCGAGAAGAAAUGCAAAGCUCUCCGCGCUAAAUGCGCAGCUAAGAGAGCUGAACUCGAAUCUGAGAUCAAGGAUUACAACAACUACCACCAAUCGUUGCAAGACACUGAGAAAUGGCUGUUACAGAUUUCCUUCCAGCUCAUGGCUCACAAUUCCUUAUACAUUGCUAACAGAGAACAGACUGAGGAGCAACUAGCUCAGCAUGCAGUACUUCUCGACGACAUACAGAAGUACAGGUCUACAUUAGACGAGCUUGAAGGCAAAGGACAAGCUCAGAUUGAACGUUACGAAGCUACAACUCCAUCUAUUCGUGAGACUGUUGGAAAACAACUAAAGAAUGUGAACGACAGUCAUAAAUCUCUGUUAGCAACUGCCCUACAGAUUGAGCGUCGUUUGAGAGAAGGACUCGCGAAGUUCAAGGAGUAUGAAGACACGCUGGAGAGCAUCCUGAACAACUUGGAUGAAAUGGAGCCGGCGAUUACGGAGCUCGAUGUGCCGGUUGAUGGACUGUCUCAUGGACGUGAACUCCUGGAUAAGGCUAGGGGUCUCCACAACCGCCUACAAACCGAGAAGAGCCGUCUAUCAGCCGCCGUAGCCGCCUGCUCAGCCGCCGCCGCGUCCGUCUCCCGACCAUCAUCUCCUGCCGACACGGCGCCGCUGCCCAUCCCACCACGGGAGCUGCACGUCAGGGCCCGGCUCGAGGACCUCAUAGACCAGAAACAUGUGAGCGAAGUAGGAAGCGCGCCACGCAUUGAGCUCAUACUUAAGUCCCUUGAGGCACCCGAGUUUGGGCAAAAGCUUUCGACUUUCGAAACCAAGGUACAAAGUCACUUGGAGGAAUUAGGAGACGCCGUCCAUGGCAUGGAAGAAGCCAUGAAGCAAGUACUAGAGAUCCAGGAAUGGAUUGCGGUCCACACUGCGCUAGCCCGGGACUGGCUCGCCAACCCGUCCAAGUUGAGGCCGGAGGCUGCUAAGCAAGAUAUGGCAGCAAUGAACGAUGCGCUCGCUUCUCUUAGUGAGAAGAGGAACAGGCUGCUCACUGAGAUUCCUACUGAAGGACUUGAAGACGAAAUUAAUCUAGAAGAAGAACUAGACAACUUAGAACAAGCGAUCCUUAAGGCGAUCGAGAGAGAAAAGGGCAACCAAGCUAUCAUCGACGCUUUCCGCAACAAAUGCCAAGAGAUUCACGACUGGUUCGAUUCCACGCUCAAGAAGAUGUGCUUAGCUGACAAGGGUUCUGGUCUCCCAUGCCCUCAGAAGCUCAGCGCUCUCAAGGAACUGUCUGCUGAAUUUGGACAGGCUGGCAAAGACAAGGUUGACAGCAUCAAGUCUGUUGGAUCACAAGUCAUCAACAUCGUCAGCAAUUUGGAGUCUCAACAAGUGGGGGAACAAAUGAAAUCAGUCGAGCGAAGAUACAAUGACAUCGCUAAACGCAUUCAACGCAAACUUCAAAUGCUUGAAAUCACCUACAAGGCGAUCGAUGGUACCAAGAGUGAGGUCAACGCCCAGAAUGAAUGGAUGCAAAAGGAAAUUGACAACAUCCUUCACCCCGAACCUCUUGGUUAUGAGAGCAAAUCCGUCAAAGAACGCCAGAAGAAGGUAGCCAAUCUUCUUAAAGAAACUGACGGUAAGAAGACCGUCAUCGAUUCCUUGGAGAAGAAGGUAAGCAACAUCCAGGCUGAAUUGGAACCUUCUGAACAGAUGCAAUUGGAAUCAGAGUUGUCUGAACUCUCCUCGAAACAAAAGCAAUUGGCCUCCCUUAUCAAACAAGAGAUUGAAAGGUUAGGCACAUGCGCUGAAGACAGGAAGAAACUCGAGAAUGAUAUCGAAAAGGCCAAGAACUGGCUCAAAGCCAAAGUUGCUGAGAUUAAGAAACUUGGCGGCCCAGUACCUCUGGAAGCUGCUAAGGUUGAAAAAGAGAUUGCGAUCCAUAAGAAACACCAGAGCGAGUUAUCUGACUUCCACAACGAUACUUUGACUGAGGUUAUGCGUCAAGGCAAUGCUGUAUCUAAGGACUGCUCUCCCGAAGACAGGGCUAAGUUACAAGCUAUUCUUGAAGAUCUUAACAAAACAUACACUUCUGCUAAGGUUGAUAUUGAUGAUAAACUGGCGGCACUCAACAAACGCUUACAAGGCAGGAAUGAAUUUGAAGCUGAAGUUGCCAAGUGCCAGAGCUGGUUGAACGAGGCUGAAGUAGCUGCCACACCUGAGCUACGCACUACCAGUCUUCAGCUCUUGGAAGAACAACUGGCUAAGUUUGAGAAACUCAGCAAAGAAGCUGAUGAUGUUGAAAAGAACAUUAGCAAGAUUAAGGACAAGUCCAAGGACAUCAUGGACUCAUUGUCUGACUCUAACAAACUGCAACUUAAGGAACAAGUCAAUGUUCUUUCUGAUAGAUUCGCUAGGAUUAAAGCCAUCAUCAACGACAAGAAGGGCAUCCUUCUCAAACACAUCAAGGAGUACAAGGAUGCUGCAGCUAAGAUCGCUGCUGCUCUUGAAUUCUUGAACGAAAUCCAAAACAAAUUAAAGGCUUUGAACAAACCUAUUGGCAGCAAGGUCGAAGAUGUCCAACCUAUCAUUCAAGCAUACGAAUCUAUCUUAGCUGACUUGAAGAAGAACAAGGCAAUGUUGAAUGAACUACAAGGUGGAAACCUACACGACCUUCAAGAUAUCCUCACUCAACAGGAUGACUUGAUGAGCACAAUUGAAGAUCAAAUAUCGAAGUUGAAACAGCUGCUGCUUCUGCGUGAACAAUUCUUCGCAUUAGUGAAAGAAAUUGAGGAGUUCAUCUCCAAAUACACUGACCUCACAUCCGAAAUUGAAAAAUCCAAUGACUCUUUGGAAGACAAGAUUAAGCGUUAUGAUGACAUCAUUGUUAAGAUUCAAGGCUGCGAAGCUUUGCUUGCGACUGCCACGGACAAGGGUCAACAGAUCGCUGCUGAAGGCACCGUCAUUGACAGAAACAACAUUACUGAACUCUUACAGUCUCUGAAACAACAGCUUCUGACAUUAAGAAGAACUGUAGAAGCCAAGCGUCAAGAACAUGAGAGAGCCGCUGCAGAACAUAAGAAACUUGGCUCAGAUCUCUCUGAGAUCCUUCAAUGGCUGCACGACAACGAAGCUGCUGUGCAUUCACGACCACUCCUCAACAGAGACGUCGCUAGUGUCGACAAGAAACUGACCGAACACGCCACACUUGUUAAGAACAUUCAAUCAUAUCUUGACAAGCUUACUAAGAUUACUGACGUCAUCAAGAACGACGAUGGCGUUCCUAGCACACUCCUGGAAAUGAUGUCUGAAGGCAACUCCCUCAAGACUUCACUACCAGCUGAAUUAGCCAACAGAGAAAAAUACUUGCAAGACAACAAGAAAUACAGGCAGCAAUACCUACAACUCGUCGAGAAACUGAACAUUUGGGUGAACGAAGCGACCAUACGCCUCGACAUGGGCAAGAACGGCACCGACUUCGAAAACAUCGAAUCUGAUUUGGAAGAACACAAAUCUUUCUUCAAUACAUCCGAACCAUCGAUGAAGGAUCUUGUUGGCAAGCGUAUGCAAGACAUUGUCGACAAGAUCUGGCCAUCUCUGGCUGCUUCUGAGCAAGAAGAACUAUCGAAAGACCAUCAAAAGCACAACCAGCUUCUAAAGAACACGCUGAACUCUGCGAAAUCCCGUCAAGCUCAAUUGGAACAAGACUUGGAGAUCUGGAAGGACUUCUGCCAGCUGGUUGACAAGAUAAAGGCGAUCCUAGACAAGAAUGACAUCCAAGACGAACCAGUGACGUCAGUGGACGCACUGAGACUGCACCUCGAGAAGCUGAAUCAUGCCAAGAAUGACCUUGAGAACCAGCAGCCGCUCUUGGACGUGGUCCGGGAGCGGGCGCGCGAGCUCUGCUCCGGCGCUGAUGCUGCUAGUGGGGAGAGGGUCGAGCAGAGGACCAGGGAGCUCGCUGACCGAUGGAAUGUAGCCUGUGAAGGCCUAGCCAAGCGCGCAGCGACAGCCGACCAGCAACUCCACCGCUGGAAUCAGCUGCUCGACGUACAACGUACCCUGGGAGCUGCCAUCACGGCUGCGUCAGACCGGCUGAGACAGCUGGACGCCAACCCCAGCACUAGAAGGCGUGCGGUUGAUACUAGGCAUGCUUUACAGGAACUCCAAAGCGAAGUAUCAAGCUUAGAAGACAGUCGCGACGAGCUGCUAGAGCACGCAGAUUUCGUGGUCAACAUCUUGAAGCCGCACUCUAAGGACGCCGCCAAUGACACCGAGAGAAACGUCAAGGAACUCGUUGAAGCUUACGAGAAAUUGCGACAGACUCUUGCGGCGCGGCUCGCGGAGAUCGACGACAUUGUGUCCGAAUUCGAUCGCGUGUCGGAGAAAAUCGACGAGCUCCGACAGCAAAUAGAAGUGUUGACAGCGAAAGUAAGGACUUUCUACGUGUUCGGCGAGGACCAAGCGGAUAGCGUGCGCGCAUUGACAAACGAAGUGUCGGACUUGGUGCAGCGCACGAAGAACUUCACGGAGGAGAGCAGGAAGCGAUACGGAGGAUCAGCGCCGGCGGACGUCGCGCAGGAGCUGUCCUCCCUAGAACUAUCAUCUGAGGCACUAGCAGCAGCAAUGGAAGAGAAGGAGAGGGAAUGGAAGCGCGCCCGCACGGCUCGCUCGGAAUACGCGACGGACGUGGAGGACGUGCAGGCGUGGCUGCGCGCGGCCGAGCUCACGGCCCGCGACCGCACGCUGGCGCCCGAGCCCUACCGCGAGCGCCUCGUGGCCACGCGCGCCGAGGUGCCCGGCGUGGCCGACCGCGUCGAGCGCCUCACGCGCAACGCCCGCGCCAUCGUGGAGGGCAGCCGCGACGCCGCCGAGCGCCAGCUGGUGCAGUCCACGGUGUCGGCGCUGUCGGAGCAGUUCGCGGCCGUGUGCAGCGAGCUGGAGGCGCGGCAGGCCGCGGUGGAGGACGCCUGCGACGCCGUCGCGCGCUUCCUCACACUGCUCGAGAAAGUCCUACUUUGGGUUGAAACGCAACGUGCAUUCCUAGCGCGGCCACUCCCAUUGGCCGACUUGCAGGAGGCGCAACAGAAACAGACUGAAUAUGGGAACGCGCUCAAGAGCUGUAAGCAGCAAGCCAAGAAUUUAGCAGAUAUGGCAAAGGAGAUAGAGGCAAUCGAACGGGUCACAAGUCCGGGUGACUUGCCUUCUAGGCUAGAAGCAGCAGAGAACGCGACCGUUGACGUUGAAAAGAAAUUAGCGAAGACAAACGGUCUAUUGCAAGAACUAGCGGAAGAAUGGGAGCGAUGCGAAAGAAAAUUAAAGGACGCUGGGCAUUGGCUCGAAGCGACGUCUAGGACUCUAGAGACACCCCAGAAUGCAAAGAAACCUCUCAGGGAUCGUCUCGCCCUGAGGGAGAAAUUGAUAAAUGAUAUCUCCACGCAAAAGACGAAGAUCUCAUAUGCAGUGGAAAAACUCAACGUACACUUCGGUCCGGACGGCGUGGCGGCGCAGUCCCGCGGGCCCGAGGGCGUGGAGGCGGCGGCGCGGGCGCUGGGCGCGGCGCUGGACGCGCUGGCGGCGCAGACGGGCGCGCAGGCGGCGGCGCUGGGCGCGGCGCUGGCGCAGGUGGACGCGUACUGCGCGGACGUGGCGCGGCUGCGGGCGCAGCUGCUGCAGGCGGAGCAGCAGCUGCGGCAGGCGGCGCAGCCCAACUACAGCCCGCGCGAGCCCGAGCGCGCGCACCACACGCAGCAGGAAAUCGGCCGGCGAAUCGAAGAGCUGACCGGAGCGAUCUACGCGCUGGACCCGUACUUCGUGAUGCCGGCGGCAGACGAGCCGGCCGCCACUCUGUCCAUGCUCGCGUCGAGCGCGGCGCAUGCGCGGUCCGCGCGGCGCCCGCGCUCGCCGGAGCGGCGCCAGCGCCUGGCCGUCGCCGCGUCCGCCGCCCGGCCUCGCUCGCCCUGCUGGGCGCCGGGCGGCGUCACCUACGCCGAGAUAGUCAAGGGCUCCGGCUCGCGCUCUAGCUCCCCGCCCCUCCACCGCGAUGUGCCAGUGGAAGUGGACCCGUGUGUGCCCAGUGACGCCCCUGUGACCGAGUCUAUCAGUGUCAGUGAGCCUUAUGGCGGUGACGUGAUCGUUUACUAUGAUGAAUAUAUCUCUCGUCCGGAACCGGAACCGGUUCCCGAAUACUAUGCGGAACCCCCAGUAGAGUACCGGGAGAUGCCAAUCGAUGUGCCGGCACCCGUGUAUCGGGAAUCACCCGAACCUCUUGGGACGUCGCCGGAUCAACCGUUGGGGGAGCAACCUGUACAAUUAGUAGAAUCGGAAAGGGCUAUGAGCCCCAUACAGAAACAAAAAUCGCACGAGUUGUCUUAUGCGGAAAUAUUAGCGCUAGGGCUACGCAAACAAGCGCGUACACAAAACGUUACGUCCUUACCGAAACCACAAGUUGCACAUGUUGAGCUGGUUAAGGAGAUCGUAGUAGAAUGCGUUGAAAGAUCUCCACCGAUUCAGCAAUAUGAAUCGAAAGUUGAGAAGAUUGAACCGCCUAGGUUCAAACCCGAUAGACCAGAUAAGCCUGGUAGGAUUGAAAGACUUGAAAAACCUGACCGUCCACCUCCUAGAAGUAGGUCUAGAGAAAUGCCAAGACAGAGGCGUGCACCAGAAAAAAGGCCAACAAAGGCGCAUGACGUUCAGGCUAUGAAAAAGAAGAAGACCAUGAAAAAGGUCAUUGAAGUUCAAGACUUUGAUGAACCUGAGCAACCAGUAGAGGUUGAAUUGGAACCCAUUAGGGAUACACCUAUUGUGCGUGCGCUGGUAGAGCCGACCAUAGAGACUGGCUUCAAGGAAGUCACAAAAAAAUUACAGCAUAGUGCUACAGUUGUAGAGACUGUGACUGAGAUAGUCGCAGAAGAUUCUCAACCAGAAAACACCAUCGAAGAGGUUGAACCGAAAAAACCCAAGAAAAAGCAAAAGCCUAAAAAACCUAGGUCUCCUGAAGAUGAAAUACAAAAAGCCCUGAAAGAGAUAGAAGAGUUAGAAAGAAACAAAAAGAAGAAAACAAGAGAUGCUCGUGACAAGAGUAAAGAAAGCAUUGCUGAGGUCAUUACAAUUGAAACUCCGAAAGAACCAGAAGUGAUUGAAUUGAAAAAACAACCAGUAAAGGAAUCAGAUGCCCAAAAUAAGUCUAAGAAAAAGAAAAACCACAAAGAAUUACCGGUUCCGCCUAGUGAUAUUAGUACUGAGUUCAUAACUGUUGAGUCUACCGCGCCAAUUGAGGUUGUGACUAAGGAAACCAAGUCGAAAAAGAAAAAGGGUCCUAAACAACCUUCUUUGGAUAAGUCGGAGCAUUCGGAGCGCAGUUCUGCUGGUAGCAUAACUGACGUUCUCUCUGUUGCUGACUCUAGUUCGACAGUGCAAACACUUGUUGAUACCACAUCUGAACUUACCUCCGAACGUGAAGUCCUAGAACUUCUUACUCAGUCGGACAUCAUAGAGGAACCAGUUGUUUCAUCAGUCGAUGAACGUGCUGAAGAAAAAGUACCCGAAACUUCACUUGAAGUUUUUCCUACAAUUUCCUCUUCUGUAGCUGAUAAUAUUGGAUCUAAGGAAGGGUUUAAAAAUACUCUAAUAGCUUCUCAGAAAAAAGUUGUUGGAAAUAGUCAAACUUUACAGGAGCACACUCCUGCAAAAGUAGAGAGAGAAGUCAUCAGUACGAUUUCUGUAACUGAGACAAUUGCUACACAGCAAACACAAGAAAUCGUAGAAGCUACAGAAACUAAAGAACAUGAACUUUUGUCAGUACAGACAAAGAUUGAUCAAGAGCAAUUAAACACAAAAGCUUCUAAAAAUAAAAAGAAAUCUAAUAAGAAUAAGGGUAAAACUGAAGCAAACAUCGCAGAGUUUAUAGUUAAAGAAUCUGAACAGAUUCAACAAGAACAAAAAGUGCAUGAAAAUGUACAAGUGGAACAAGAAAAACCGGUUCUAGAACAACUGGAUGUAAAAUUCCAACAAUUUGACACAGAAAUCGAACAACCAGAACCAACUGAGUUAGAAUCUAAAGAUUCAGAACUGGUGCAAGUAGAGCCAGUGCAGCUUGAGUGGUCACAACUUGGAUCAGAAGAAACGAAAACCACCUUGUUACCUAGCGAACCGCAGCUGGAAUCCUUGCCGAUGUCACGUGAACAAAUAGAGUCAAACAAACAGGAUGCUGCACAGAUAGAGCAAACAGAGUUUGUGCAGAAAGAGCUGCAACCGAUAGAACAAAUUCCUUUGGAACCAAAACACGACACUGUUAAAUCAGAUGAUAGUUCAUCUAAAAAUAAAAAGAAAAAGAAGCCAAAGAAACAUGAAAAGACCCCAGAACCAAUACCCUUGGAAGCUGCUGAAGUAGUUGAAAUUAUUGACGAACAAUUUAAAACAUCGGUCAUAGAACCAGUUGUUACAGAAAUACCAAAUCUGGUGGAACAGGUUGAGGAACAGAAACCACAAAAGAAGAAAAAAUCUAAGAAAGGUAAACAUGCUGAAGUAAAAGAAGAUACAAUUGAACCGUCGACGGUUGUAGAAAACAAAGAAAUUGAGAAGCCCACUGAAGUAGUUGAAAGUACUCCUAAAGUUAUUGCAGAAUCAGAAUCUACUCCGGAUGUUAAGCCUUCCAAAAAGAAAUCCAAAAGUAAAACAAAACCAGAGGGAAUAAAAGAGCUUCCGGAUCAACCAGAAUUGCCUAUCCAUGAAUCCCCCGUGGAAGAAAUUAAAGUAGACGAGCCCGCCUUUGAAGAGGUUAAAUCGCAUAAAAAGAAAAAAUCAAAGAAACAAAAGAUUGACGAUGACGAUAUCGAGAAGGCUCUUAAGGAAAUUGAACGUUCUGAAGGAUCUAAAAAGAAGCCUAAAGAGAAGACGCCAAAACCCAAAGGCAAACAGGAUCAAGCAAAGGUGGUAGCUACGGAAUCUAAAGAAGAAACUGAAAUUCAACUCGAGUUAACUUCAAAAGCAAGUGACUAUAAUAAGUCACCCGAUGAUGACAUUGAAAAUGUUCAGCCUAUUGAACAUAUUGAUUGGAACGAACUUUUGGAAGAAGAAGAAGGAGCUAUUGAAACAACUUUUGAACCAAUCAGCAAGCCCGAAAUGGACUUAACUUCUACUGAAACUGCAUUUGUAGCUAACCAAGUGACCAUACUGCAAGAAGCCUCGAAUUUGUUAUUGGAGGAAGAGCGUACUAUCAACAAAUUGGAAUCUUCUACAAGUGAGGUUCAUAUAGAAAAAUCAACGGUAGAAAAAUCCGAAAGUGAUAAAGUAGAAAAAACUGUAAUUGAAGAAGAUAAAAAGUUGGUGACACCUGUGACUAGUCCAGCUAACGAGCAGAACAAUAACGAUAAGUUCUUUUCGCCUGACGUUCUGAAAGAAGGGUCAUAUAACAUUGUCGAAGAGAUAACACAUUAUGAACCUAUCACUCAAGAUGUUGAAACUCGUACUAUAUACUUAAUCACACAUGAAGAGAAAAAGCUCCCUCCUAUCAGGACAGUGAAAGUAUUUAGGAGUAAGAGUAACUCGUUAGAAGAACCUCAGUCUAUCGAAGAGAAUGUAGCUUUAAGUGAACAAACGAUAACUAACAAAAUCACUGAUGAAAAGUCUUCCAUUAAUGUUAGUGAUAAUCUUUUAGACAGUAAGAUUAUAACGGAGAAGUUAAUCGAUGAAGAAAAAAUACUUAGUUCUGAAACGAAACUUCCAGAAACAGAAGAACUUGAAAUGACACCAAAAGAUAAUGUUAUGAAAACUGUGGAACAAGAGAUUCACGUUGAAGAAGUUAAGACUUCAGUACUUCAAUCGGAUGAGGAAUCUAAAACAACAGAUUAUGUUCAAGUCCAUCAAGAGAAACAAAGUACUGGUUCUGAACAGAUUCAACAUGGUCUGAAGCUGGACGAAAGUUCGAUCACUAAACCUGAGAAACCGUUAUCUGAGGAAGAUUUCUCCGAUAUUCUUGAAGAAGCCAUUUUCGGUUCAGUUCAAGAUCGCAACAGAACAUCCACUGAAAAGAGAAUCAAGGAAAAACAUUCGAACAUACCGUAUCAAGAGUUAGUCAACGAAGUCAAGUCAUAUUCAGAAAAUUUAGACACUUAUAACCUGGACUAUGAUUAUUCUCAGUUAAUGAUAAGUCAAAGAGAUUCUCAGAAUACUGAUAUGAAUAUCGAGGUUGAACAUCAGGAAUAUAAAUCUGAUGAUUUCGUGUCUGUGGAACCUGUUAAAGGUUCCGACAUUGAAGAGAAAUCACCAGAAGUUGGUCAGCAAGGGACAAAGGAUUAUGAAAUCGGUUUGGAUUCUUCCGUUACUGAAAACCCAAUUCUUGUUCCGGAAACAUUGGCAGCGACCGAACAGAUCCCAGACAAAAUUCAACAUGACUUGCUUAAAACACUUGAAAUUGAGACAUCCACAAGAUACGAUAUCGAACAAACUGCUGAUUUUAUCAAAGUGGAAACACAGAAACUCGUAGAUGAAGUUGAUGCUUCUGUACCAAGUGUAAAAGAAGUAAUAAAAACUGAUCAACUAAGCUUGGAGGCGCCAACAGAUAUAAGUGAGGUUUUAAAUAAACAAACAUCACCUGAAUCAGCAAAUGACGUAACAGCAGAGCCUACAUUUAUUUCACUAACAAAUGAAGAAAAGCCUAGAGUAAAUUACCAAGAAAUUAAAGAUGCUGAAAUAACCUUAGCCUCCAAUAUUUGUACUGCACCAGAAGUGUCUGACAUAUCUCCAGAUGCAAAAACAGAUUCUUCUUUGCGUGUCUCAAGAACUGUUUUAACUGCAGAUGGAAGUCAGGCUUUAGAUUUGUCAGUAGUACAUACUGAACAAGUUUCUAAAGAAGAAGAGGUUAAGAGAGUUUCUCCUCUAAGAGAAGAAGCACCUAGGCUAAGUUAUCAUGAACUUAGAGACGCUGAAUUAAUCUAUGCAUCUCAAGUUAAGCCUCAAACAGAAUUGAUCAUCGGUAAUGUUGAAUCGGACAUUACUGAUUCAAACGUUCAAUUCAUAAAACCAGAUGAAGUGAAACAAACCGAAAUUGCUUUAAUCACGCAAGAUACCGUUGUUUCAAACACUUCUGAUAAAACAACUACAAUAAAGACUGUCUCCGAGCAUUCUGUUGAUCUGAUUUCAGCCGAAAGUUUAGUUACAAAGUCAUUAGAGCAUGAGGUUGCUGAUAAUGAAUCCCUUCAAACUAGUGAACAAUAUAAGGAUGGAAAACCGCAAUAUUCAUUUGAGGAGAUUCCGCGCCAGAGUUAUCACGAAAUAUUUGACGCCGAAAGACGUCUUGCUCUUGAAAAUACGCGAUCUAGUUUGGUUGAGUCAACCAGUACAAUAAUUACGGAGGACAAAUUAAAUUCAAUUACAACUGAUGUAAAUAUAGAAAAAGCUCAAACACCAAAGCUCGAGCUUGUAAGCCAAGUCCCUUCUAUAAGCUACCAGGAAAUAACUGAUGCUGAAAAACUCUUAGCUACUACGAUUAAAACAACUGAAGCAAUAGAAGAACAAACGAAAACUGUUGUGAAAGAAAACAUUUUACUUGAAACUUUGUCAGAUGGAAAGGUCAAAGAGCCCAGCCAUUUAAUAGCUGAAACGCCUCGUGUGAGCUAUCAAGAAAUUUCGGAUGCAGAGUAUUUGUUGGCUACUAUAAAAUCUAAAUCAAGGGAAGCUAGCACUGAACCAACCUUGGCAAUCGAAGAGGAAGAAAAAGCUGCAAAUAUUGAGGACGUCGAUAUUAUUUCUGAGCCAAUCACUGACAACGUGCAAAAGAUGGAGAAUCACAUAAGCAACAAUGAAUCCUUUAUUGGUAAUGGUGAUAUAGAAGGUCAAGUUAUUGAGAAUAUUCCAGUUGUGGACCCAGAGCCGGUGCAGGCCAUACAACCUAUUUACGAGGUUCCAAGAUUCAGUUAUCAUGAGUUGAACGAUGCUGAAGUAUUAUUGGCUUCCACACGGACAUCUGUGCAAGAAAUUGAAAUGCCGGAAGCAGCUGAUAUUACUCCAGCUUCAGAAAUAUUAUCUGAAACUGUUGAGACAGUUUCAUCGCAAGAUCAGCAAGUUGCGGAACAUAUACUCGAGCCAUUACGCCACAGUUACCAUGAAAUCCAAGAUGCUGAACGUGUUCUAGCAUCUACGAAGUUAGAUGAAAAAGAGAAUAAUCUUGUUGAAGAACAAAAGCAACCAGCUAAUGAAAGAACACCUGCUGAAGUAGAAGUAGCUGCUCUUCAAUUUAGAGAUGAACUUAUUACUUCUACUAAAACUGACGUUGAGCAUACUACUGAAUUCAUUUCUCAUGAAAGUGUCGUCACAGAAUCAGUCCAACAAAUACAUGAAGCUGCAGAGGAUCCUACGCCUACCAAAGGUGCCCCUUUGGAAAAAAUAGAACUUUCAUUCGAAGUUGACGACCUUAGCAACACACCGAUUUCGGUAGUUUAUGGUAGUACAGAGGUUGAGACUCCAACAUUGGAACUUAAAGUGCCAGUGUUUGAAAGUCAAAAUGCAGAGUUAGUCUCCUCCGUAGCUCCAGACAAUAUUGAAAAUAUACAAAUGAUCGAUGCGACUAAAACCGAUCUACAAAUUAGUCAAGAUGAACCAGUUUCAUUGGAAGAAGAUACUUUUGAAAUCAUUGAUCAUACUGAAAUUAAAGACAUUAUUAGCACUAUACAAGUUUCUGAAACUGAAGAAAUACAAUCCAACGCGUCUGAAAAUGUACCACAACAAGUCGAAUUAGCAGUCAGUGCUUCAGAAAGUACUACUGAAAUUGGCUCGAGUCAAAGCGACAUUACUACGGAAAAUGUGCGUUCUAUAACUCCAAAAUCUAGCGACGAUCAUACAAUUGUUCAAAGUCUGAUUGAAGAAGCUCUCCAGGAACCUGAAACGAUUACAAGGACUAAACCAGUAUAUGAAACUUUCGUUAUCGACGACCUAAAUGAAACUCUUGUGCCUGUGGUUUUCGGUGAUAUUAAGGACAUCGAAAAUUCAAUCAAGUAUAAAAAACAAGAACUUCUUUUAGAAACUGAACCACCCAAAUCGGUCCAAUCUGCAAGCCCCGAAAAAGAUGUCACUGAGGAACCAGUAAUUGUUGAAACAUCUCCUACUCCCUUAGAAGAAGUUGAGAUUGUUGAUACCCACGAUGACUUUACUAUCCCUCAUCCAAGUGAAUUUGUUGAAGGUCCUACGGUCGAUCUAGCGCUCGAUGCUAAGCCUGAAACUAUCUCGGCGGAAUUCAUACAAUCUGAAGUUUUAGAAUCAGUUAGGAACUUACCGAAAUCCGAAAUAACACAACCUGUUAUGGAUACGCACAAAGUUACGGACGCAAAACCUGAAAGUGUAGAUUCAAGGGAAACUAGGGAAAUACAACUAACACAAACUGAAACUGUUAGCCGUGUAGAGAAAUCUCCUAUACAUAGCUUGCAUGAUCUCCUUCCUGAAAUCGACUCCAUCCCCGAAUUUAAACCCUCUUAUUCGAACACCGUAUUGUAUUCAAAAUUGUCGGCUGAUGCACCUGAGUUCACACCUUCUUACAUGUAUCAGACUGUUACUACUGUGUCUGAGAGUAGAUCUGAUGUAGUCGAAGAUGCACCUGCACCUAUUACUAUGGAGGAAGAUACUAUCAAAGUGGUUACAGAAGAAGUUUCGACACAACAACAACAACAACAACAACAAAUUUCAUAUUCAUCAGUAUUACAAAGUAAAAAAGAGAGUCCAGAAAAGAUACCCCAAGUUACAGAAACUGCUGAAAAACUUACAGAAGUUGAAAUUCCUGCUGCUGAAGUAUCUGAAGAACACGUUGAAAAUAAAACAAAGAAACAUAAAAAGAAAAAGAAGAAGGAAAAAGAAGAUAAAAAGGAUACAAUGGAGAAGUCAGUGGAAGUUAAGACUCCAACGGAGACGGUACCUAGUGAACAACCUAAGCCCAAGCAUGAAUCGCCAUGCCCUGUUAAUGUAUGGGCAAAAGCAGCUGAAGACGGGAAAACUUACGCUGAUGUUCUGGCUGAAGGUCUUCUUCAUGAUCACGCUGAACAUACACAAUUAGUUUCGGAAAGGCCAACAGACGUAGAAAUACCCCAAAGUAGGCCAGAAAAUGUACCAGAAGUGGCACAAGUUGUUCCACCAGCUGUGCACGCAAUUCAGGAUGUUAUAGAGACCACUCAAUCAACCUCAAGUAGCGAGCAAAAUAUAGGAUCUUGGGCACAUAUAGUUGCCAAACGAUCAUCACCUGAAAGAAUACAUAAAGAAGAAGAAAAACAUGUAGCACCCGUGCAUAUUCCUUCUAAAGCUCCAAUGAUUCUUGUUGACGAAUCUGAUAAUGACCAUCUGAAACCGGAAGUGACAGUCGACGCUGAAGGAUUUAUCACUGUGGAUAGAAGUAGACGUUCUAGAUCAAAAUCCAGAGAUGCACGUUCGCAAUCAACUGCCUCACAAAAACGAGAAACACGUGAAAAGUCUGAAAAUAGAUUUGAAGCAUUAACUUCUACCCUUAAACCAGAUGAUGGUGAGUCAACACAGAGUCUGUCAGAGGACGAGAAGCCCUCCAAGAAACCAAGCCGAAAGAGCCGUUCUUCAAAGUCAAGGGAGAAGGAUGUUAAACCUAAAAUAAGUGUGGUAGCUACGAGCACAAGCGACGAAGACAAGCAACCACCUAAGAAAGAUAAAAAGAAACGCUCGUCCAAAUCAAAAGAUAAGGAUGUUAAACCUCUAGAAGAAAAGAUAGAUCAACCCAAAGAUGUUGAAGAACUAAAACCAUCGAAAGUUGAGGAGGAGAUUGAAGAAAAACCAGCUACCUCAGCUGUUCAAAUUGAGCCUAAAAAGAAAAGUAAAAAGAAAAAGAAAGACAAAAAGCCUUCAGAAAUAGCAUAUGCCACUGAGCCUUCAUCCCCUGCAGAAAUUACUUCUUCAGAACAAGAAGCAAUACCUAUACCUAAAGUACUGUCCAAAUCACAGAAAAAGAAGGUGGAUACUCCUGCUUCAACACCUGAGUCUGUUCAGACACCAAUCAAAGACAGAGUUUUCUCUGAAGCUCAGUUCUGGAAGAUGGAUCCUAGUAGCUUGGAUACGUCUGAAAUUAUAUCUGUUGAAAUACAAAAUACACCAACGGAAAGUUAUAAGAUAGAAAUUAAAGACACUGAUAAGCUGACCAAUGUACAAUCUGAAAAUAUACAAACCGUGCAAUCUUCCACACAAUUAGUUCAUGAAGAAAUUCCGUCAGCAGAAACGCAAAUUCAAGAGCUAGAAGAUACGAUUGCCGAGGACCAAUCACUUGAAAGCAAAAUGGCUGACUUGCAGCGUGAAAUAGAGGAAAUGUUAUCACCAGAAAACGAUUCCUCACUCAGUGACGAUUCUCCAAAAGAAUUAACUGAUACUCAAACAUCUAUUGAAUAUCAAUAUGAUGAGCUGCUAGAUAACAUGACCCCUUCUCUUGCUAGCCCAGAUCCUGAAGUUUUGGAAUCUAAGCCAAUAGAGGAACAAACACCUGAGGUACUGUUAGAAGAAAAACACACUGAAGAACUUGAUGACAAACACAUAAGUAUGAGCAUGAUAGAUUCGGUGCUGGAUGACACCGAACCACUUUCAAUUACCGAAACUCACUCUUUGGAGCACUCGGAGAAUUUGUUGGUCACGCAAGAAGAAGACAUAACCUCACAAGAUGUUAGUAAACUGGUUCAGCAAGAAGUUGUGUCGGCAUCGACGGAUAAACCUAAAGUUAUAUCAAAAGAAGAAAUGGAAGCAUUAAUAAAGCAAACCAUAGAUAAACAACACCAAAUUACAACUGAGGUCACAAAAAUUACUAGCAUUACCAAAACUGACACGUCAUUAGACAAUCUCACUUCUGUGCCCUACUCUGACAAACAAGAGAACGUUGAGCCAUUGGUCGAAAAACCUGAUGUAAAAGAAGAGAGGAAAGAUCAAAUAGCCACAAAAGUUACAUCUUUCAUUGAAGCAGAGAAAACUAGUGAAUCACCUGUUUCAAAAUCAGAAGAUACCAAGAAAACGACCCUUGAGUCUGAUGUUUCUCUCAAAAAAUCAGCAGCUUCAUUUAUUCUAACGGAACAACUUCAAGAACUAUCAGUACCUUCGGACGUGACAAGAGCAGAAGAACCCCAACAAGAUAACAUUAAACCGACAAAACAAAGCAUCUCGGAAAAGGAAACAGCUGAUAUUGUAACCGUUGUCCCACUUUCUAACACUGAAACCAUUACUAACAAUCUCACAAAUCUAAAAGCGGAUAACUUUUGGACGGACAAACACAAUGUACAUGAUGCGGAAAAACUUUUAGGAGAACGUAACUCUGUAGAAAGAACAAUAAGUCACGUACACUUUGAUGAACCUCAUAUCGAUGAAGGCAUUAGCGUCGAAGAAAAUAUAAUCAAUGAUAAUUCAUUUUGGCCUGAAAAACAUUUAUAUCACGACGCUGAAUGCCAAUACUUCCUUUCAUUGGCUCGUAAAACUAAAACUUCCACUGUUGACACUACGGAAAUUAAAAUAGACGAUCAAAAUGAUAAAGAUAGAGACCAGGGUGGCAGCUCUGGUCACUCCUCUGAAGGCGAAGAGCCAAAAGAUGCAUCUGGUUCGCCUUAUGACCCCGACUACAUAUCCAUGGACCUUCCCGGUGGCAUAUGUAGUUGGAAAGACAAAUCAUCGUACUUGAGCGUCGAGACACCAGUUGUUGAUGACGCUGUAGAUGAACCUGUGUCUAGGGAGGAUAUACUAACCACCCUACCCAUAGCACCAGCCCCAUCCUCAUCCAAACAGGAGCCGGAGGAGACACCACUGAGGACCGCAAAGGAUGAAUUAUCUAACGAUAUAGAAACACUGCUAGAAGAGAUAAGGGAUGUACAAACGCGCUUAUCGGACCUACCUGACGACAGUCUGGAGACCAUGGAGGAAGGCCUCAGGGAGGGCAUCACAAUUCUAGUCAAGUGCGAAGAAGCGGCGGAGAUCUUGGAGACGAAGAUCAUGGAGUACCGGCAGGAGCAGGAGGUGCAGUCCCUGCUGAAGGAGCUGGUCGUCAUGAAGGUCAGGAUCAGCAAGUUGCUGACGCAGGCCCGAGACGGCAUCAACAUCAUCCAGGUAAGAAAGGACGCCAAAGUGGAGGUGGCUCGCCAGGCGAAGGAGGUUGAAGAGCAAAAGGAGAAGAUCGCUAAACUGGACAAGUGGCUGGAGACCAUCAACAAUGGACUCAAGGAGACCACCGUACAGUCAGAAGUUCUCACAGAGGAAGAUAUUAUUAGAUAUAUUGAAGUUUACGAGCGCUACAUCAGGGAGUACGAGGAGUAUGAGAUUAUACUGAAGUCAAUAACUGUGAUAAGUCAAGAUGAAUCUAGUCAGUCAUUAAGGGCGAAGUUGAAUGCAACACAGAAGGCGUUAGAGGAAACGAAACAUCUAGUCAUUAUAGAGAUAGAGAGGUUAAGGCAAGUGCUGCUGCAGAUGAGAUUAGUACCAGAAGCUGUCGAGGAGGACAUCUCGCAGACUGACAGGACAAUCGACUCAACAUCGAUGCCUGAAGAAGUCGUGUCGCCGAGAGAAAUCGUCAAAGAAAAAGAACCAUCAGAGAAAGCACCAUCGGUUAAACAGCCGUCCGUCGAAGAAAGUGUGAAAGUUACAGUACAGGAAAGCAAACCUAGUCACGAGAAGCCUGAACCAAUUCAGGUUGUCAAAGAAACUGUGGCAAUGGAAACACAGACCGGCAAGAGUCUCAUGUCAGAACCUCCAUCCGUGUCUGACAAAUCUGUGAUAUGCCAACCAGAGGCGAUUGUGACGCAUGACGUGUCCAUCACGUGCGCUCCGCCUAUGGAAAUGGCAGUACAAACUAGUGAACCACACUCUGAAACUAAAGAAAUUCUAGAAAACAUCCAAGUCAGACAGACAAUUUCGGACGGUCAUGAGACUAUUGAAAUUGCCAGCAGACCUGUGAUUAGAGAGCAGAAACUUGAUGAGAAAUCUCUUCUGGUUGAUGCUAAUUAUAGGGAUGAUAACUUAAGGAAAGAUUCUCAACUGAAUAUUACUCAUAGUCUGCCACAGUCCUUUGAGACAGUAAUGACGGAACCCGAUGAAACGACCACAGAAGUUGUAGUCGACGCCGAUGGUACUAGGAGGAUUAUUGUGAAGAAGGUCCGAAAGACCUUAGUAACACGGCAGCAGGUAGUUCAUAGCCAACAACGUGAAUCUCAUAUACUAUCAAGUGACCUCCCACUAGACCAGGCUUACUCCCAAAUAGUUAUUCAUGAUGAGAAAGCUGGAACAUCUACAACCUUGGAUGAUGGUGCAGUACAACACAUGGAAUACCAGACUUUCGGUGGUCAGGUGAUAACUAGCUUACCUGGAGGAGAAGUAACGAUCCAAGAAUUCACAUCUAAACCAGACAUGAUGAUAACCAUGGAAAAGGAUAUGAACCCAGAGCAGAUACUGUUGCUAGCCGAGGGUCAAGAACUACCGCAAGUACAGACAUCUACAUCAAGUGUAACGGCAGUCGUUCAACAAGUCACAAAGAGAAUAGUCAAAACACGUAGGCGUAUCAUACGUCGCGUUGUUAUCAUUGACGGCAAAGAACACGUUACCGAAGAAAUUAUUGAAGAACCUGAUAAUGUAGAAGUCGUAGAAGAACAGAUUCCAAGGGUUUCUAUCAACGUCAGGGAAAGAGGAGACGUACCAACAACUGGGGAAGAAGAUGAUGACGAUGGUGGAGGCGAUCACCCUGCCCUACCUCCUCGCAAAGAUGAUGAGUCUUCUCGUGGUGAUAAACCAAGAGAUGACAAAUCAUCUGGAGAUAAGCCCGACGAUGAUAAUAUUGAGAGAAAACCUAAAGAUGAUCAGGAACCAACACAACAAGUAGAUGAACCAAUUGAGCUUACCCAGGCUCAACAACUAGAGAAAAUGAUGCAAGACUUCAUACAAAAGGAAAGUAGCAGUCAGCGUAAGCAUGUCACAAAAACUACUACCACACGCUCUUCCCAAGAACGAGAAGGCACUCCAGUAAAAACAGUGACGGUGUCAGAAUCUUUUGAAAUCCUGCCAGGCGAUGAAAUGCAUAUAACACAAGAACCUGAUGAAACUACUUACACUGUACAAGAACCUCACGAAGGUCAGACUACAUUCAUAACUCAUGGAACGCAGCAUUCAACCUUUGAAUCUUCUUCAACCAAUGUGGCUACCGUUGUAUCAAAAGUCACUAGAAAGAUUACUAGAACACGGAAACGUAUUAUCAAGCACAUACAAAUUAUAGACGGCAAAGAACACGUCACUGAAGAAGUAAUUGAAGAACCAGAUGAUGUUGAAAUCAUCGAAGAGGAACCUAGUGUAUCACACAGCAUACAAACUGAAGGCGUUAAAACAAAACGCAUUAAAAUCAUUAAACAAGUGCAGAUAAUAGAUGGUAAAGAACAUGUAACUGAACAAAUCGUUGAAGAACCAGAUGAUGAAUACAUUCCUGAUUCGACUAUUACUACCGAAAUUGACGUCUCGUUAAGCAAGCCUGAUGUUUUGGAAGUUAUUCAAGAAGAUGAGAAAGUAGACCACCCGAUUACUAGGUCAACUACCGUUACUGUAGUGCCGUCAUCUAAAGAUACAACCAUCGUAGAUGUGACUAAGAGCUUUAUCGGCACAGAAAUGGUCCAUUCAGUGCCUUCAGAUUCGAGAGAACCGACUGAUAAGCCUGAUUCAUCUGUUAAAAUUGUAAAAGAAGUUUUGAAGAUCAGUGAGCCCAAAACUACCACCACGGUUACAUCUGAAGAACCAGAUGUAAUCAAAACAACUACAGUAACCAAACAUUCCACAACUGAAGUUACUACAGUGACUUCUACCGAUCAACAAAAGACAAGUUUGAUAGAUGCUACCAAGAGUUUGCUUGGAAGUGAAAUCGAACAUUCAUUCUCACCUCAAGAUAUUUCAAAGAAACCUAAAGAUGACAAAACACCAAUUGAAGAAGUCGAAUUCAUAAAAUCUGGAAGCCCAGAUGCUACAGUGAUCACUAAAACGGUUACUGUAACUGGACCAACAGAACAAUCUAAGAUGGUCACAACCAUUACUACGUCUGAGAAAUCAGGUCCCGUAGUUACACAAAAAGAAACUGUAACGGUAGUAGGCUCUACUGAAAUAAUACCUUCCACAGAACCACUUGAAGAAGAAAAAGUUCGUAAACAGGUCCCACAAGACAAAACUCACGAGCCAGAUACGGUAAUGCAAAAGAUUCAAGAAACUGUCCAAUCUACUGAACCUGAAAUUUCAGUUACCACUAAAACGACAAAAACAACUAAAGUGACUGAAGGAGCCACUGAAAAACCUGUUGUUAUCGAAACCGUUACUAAAACAACAGUUACUGAGGUUCCUGAAACAAAUGGUUUUAAAGACACAACUCUCAUUGAUAUAACUAAGAGCUUGAUUGGCAGUGAAACGGAUCAUUCUGCUAUUUCUAAAAUACCAGCAUCACCUGUUAAGGCACCGAAAGAUGUUAAACAGGUUGUGGAGAAAGAACCUGAAGCUCCUAAGGAACCAGAGUCACUGAAGUCAGUUGAUGAGAAACUGCCUAAGGACGAAGAGCUAAAGCCCAAAGUAACGGUAGAAAUGAAAUUGACUGAAGAACGUUUGCCUACCAAGGAACUUCAUAAACAAACAACAGAAAUUAUUGAAACAACAGUUCAGUCACAAAAGGAUACAUCUCUUCAUGAUAUUACAAAGAGCUUCCUUGGAACUGAAAUCGACCAUUCUACGAUUCACAAACCUGUAGAAAAAACUCAAAAACAAGAUGUCAUUCCUGAAAAACCGAAAUCAGAUGAGCCAUCUAAACGUGAAGAGACAGUAACUAUUGAUGGUGGCAAAGCAAUCACCACUGUAACUACAACAACAACAAGUGUGCAAGAGUCAGUAGUUUCUACAGCACCUGAAACUGUCAAAGUUGUUAAAGAAACUAUUGAAGUUGAACCACAACCUAUUAGCAUUACUGAGGAAAUUGUGGUACCUACACCCGAGUUGGCUCAAGCUGUAGAAGUGACUCCUGUGACUCCUGCCAGUCAACCAGAUGAGCCUAAGGAUAACGGUCUCGUUGAUCUUACUAAGAGCUUUAUCGGCAGCGAGAUGGACCAUACAGUAGUGUCUAAAAUACCUGCUGUACCCAUAAAAAGAGAGUUUUCACUUGAAAUGGCUGUUGAAGCUAUGGAAGAACCUAAAGUGCCUGAAACUGUAGCGCCUGUUAAAGAAACGAACGCGGCUCCAGAAACUAUCACCACAAGCAAAGUAACGGAAACAAUUGAAAAAUCCAUCACACCUGAAUCUGUGAAGCCAGAGAUUCCUGUGGAAGAAAAGAAAAUUGAAGAACCGGCUAAACUUCCCGAAGAACCAAUUGUACCAGAACAGAAACCAACAGAUAUCGGCGUGGAAUUUGUCACUAAAGAAAUUGCUGAACAAACCGGUGUGACGCAAUUCAACAUCUCUGAAUUCACUAAAGAAUUUAUAAACAAGGAGAGCAUCCAACAUAAGAUUAUUGAAUCUCCUGUUAAGCCUGAAGAAAAACCUUCAGAUAAAUCACUGACCGAUAUUCCAAAAGACGUUUCUGAGACUAGUGUCAAAGAAGUUACUGAAGUGUCUGUUGGUACUGUUACAGAACCAGAGCCAAAACAACCUGAUGAUAAAUCAGCGUCAGUAUACAUCUCCAUUAAAGAACAACCAAUCCCAGAACCCAAGGAAGAUGUACCUUCCGUUACAAAGGAUAUUAAACCUCUAGAACCAAUUGUACAAGAACCUGAACAAAUUCAACAACAGCCUAUUCCAGUGCCUAAAGAAGAUACGCCUAAAUCUAUUGAAGAUGGUUUCCUACAAACUGAGACUACCACACCACAGAUUGGCAUUGUUGAACUGACUAAAGAACUUAUUAUCAAAGAAGGAACCGAAAAAUAUGAACAAGUUCCUGAAACUGUCAAGACUGACAUUGAGCUAGUCGUGAGUCAAGUUACGACUGAGAAGGCACCCACGCAGUCUACGGUAGAAGUGGAACCAUUGAAAGUAGGAACAGUUAUUUCGGAAUCUGAUGUAACUGAAACUCCUGUGGCACCCGAAACGUCAUACAUCAGACAGUUUGAGCCCCAAGUCCAAGGAUCUUCUGACAGUGUGAACAAACUCUUGAUGACAUUUGGCCAGCCUGAGACACAAGAUGUUCCUUCACAAACAACUGAAUUCGUUGGUCCUUCUCAACCAACGAUAACUAAACCUGAUACUAAAUAUGAUGUGAGCAUGUUACUUCAGUCUGAACGCCAAGACACUGAUCUGCGAGGAUUCAAACCUGAUACUCAACUUACACAACCGGACAAGCCGGAGCAGACAGUAGAUAUAUCUCUGUCCUUAACUAAAUCCCGCGAGUCGAAGAAGGUUGAACCUAAAGUACAAUAUGAUUUGAAGGUCGCAGAUUUCGAAGCUGAGCCGAUCGUUGUCAAGAAAGAUAUUGAAGUGGUUCUGCCAAGCGAAGUUAAGAUCACGAAAGAACAUGUCAAAGUUCCUGUUGCUGAUGUUGUUGCAGAACAACCUCAAAAAGAAAUCACACCGCCGGAAUCAGUUAAAGAACAUAAGAAGAGCAGAAAGAAGAAAAAGCAUAAGGCUGGUUCAACAACCAGUGAGUCUACUGAAAUUGAAACAGACAAGAGCAUUGCUGGUACUGAUAGUUCAUCUCUCAGUCACUAUGUGGAACUUCCAACUUCACCUCCUCGUGAAUCUCCUACACCAACGGAUGAGGUGCUUGAGACAGUUGUUCAAGAAACAGUUCCUGAACCGGUAAAAAAACCGACACCAGUCGUUAAAACUGCAUCACCUGAACCUGUUGUAGAACCUGUUGUACCUGAAGAACCUAAAGUUGAAACACCAAUAGAACAAAUUAUUGAAGAACCACAGAUACCUGUGAUCGAAGACUCGUAUGUUGAAUCUGAGUCUUUGACCAUAUCAGAAGAACGAGGAUAUGAGGCUGAGGAUAUUUCUUUGGGUCCAGUAGCAACACCUGACAAAAAGAAGAAACAUAAAAAACGAAAGCCUCAUGGGGUUAGUGAGGAAACUGCUUACCCUGUUAUCACUAGAACUGAAACUGAUGACACAACUGUAACCACACCAGUUGAAAUGCAGGAACCCUCUAAAAAGAAAGAUAAGAAACGUAAGAGGAAAACACCUGCUGAACCAGCGAAGUCUCCUUCAGAGCCUGAUCUAGAACCAGAACCGAUAGUGGAACCAGUGCCUGAAGUGAAACCUGAAAGUCCCAAACAGGGAACUGAAGUAGAAGCUACUUCACCUAAGGAAGAAUCAUACCAUACAAUAAGUGAAACUUCUGACAUCACCACAGUUAAGAUUGUUGAAGAAUGCGUCCAAAGCAGUCCCGAGACGGCUGAAAGGGAAGUAGGAACCAUUCUUAAGUUCCCAGUUCCCGUUGUUGAAGAAAUCGUCACUCAGGAAUAUUCUAUUCAAACAUCACCUGAGGAAACCGAGCCUAUCGAGGAAAUAUCCCGACCUGAAACUUCUGACAUUGAACUGCAAACAACACCGACAUCUAUGAGCGAAGUCAUUACACAAACCACGCCGGUAGAAGAUAAAGAAGCUCACACACAAACUAUCGAAGAAGUCACUACUGUUGUGGAAAAGAUAAUGUCUGACACAGAAAUACAAACCAGUAGGUCAGAAACUCCCGAAAAAAUUGUGCAAUUCGAAGCCACGACUCAGGUUAUUCCUCAUGAUAUCAGCACGCCUGAAGAGAAGUUCUCACAGACCUCUCCGGUUGUUGAGGAACCUGUUGUUGUACCAGAGAAAUCAAUAACACCUGAGGUUGUUACAGAAUCAAGGGAAAUGCAGACUUCACCCUUGCCUGUUGUACAGAAAGAUGAGAAGAGUACUGAAGUUCUUGUCGAAACCACUGAAACGGAUAUUCAGACUGUUCAACGAGAAAUCACUGAACAAGGAACAUCAACUACUCCUAUUAAAGAGAAAGAGCUGACUGAGAUGGGAAUGCAAACGCCUGAAGUUCCUCUUGUUAGUGCUUUCACUCAGUCUGAUGUGCCUGAACCAGAGCCUGUUAAAGAAGUGGAGCCGAUUGAAAUCCCAGAUGUACCUUCACUACCUUUACUUGAGAUCAAGAAGGAAGUCAUAACAGUUGACAGCACACAGCAAACGACUCCAAGAGAAGAAGUGGUUGCUCCAACACUGGAAGUUAAGGAAGAGGUUAUUACUGUUGAAACAUCACAGCAGACCUCUCCUAGAGAACCAGAGCCGGUAGUACAAGAAGUUCCAAUAGUACCAGAAGUGCCAAAAGUACCAUCACCUCCUGUGGAACAGGCACCGGAACCUGAGCCAACACCAGUCGUUGAGCCAGUCAUUGAACCUGUUGUUGAACCAAAGAAGGAAAUUAUUACAAUGGACAGCACACAACAAACUUCUCCGAGAUGGCCACCUGUUGUAGCAGCGGCUCCAGAGCCAGUCCCGGUACUAGACCUGGAAAGGAGAGAAGUCGUUACAAUUGACAGCACUCAACAAACAUCACCUAGAGUUUAUUCUGAAGACUCCAUUUCUACAUCUACGGAUGAGCCAUACGAAGUCCAUCUUAGAGCUCAGAUCUCCAUUCCUCAUGCCACAACUGACUUUAUCGAGAGUGAACGCUCAUUCGAAGAACCUCCGCAAUCAAUUUUAGGUGACAAAUACAAACAGAGGAAACGGAAACCCAAGAAGAAAACAGAGUCUUCUCUUGUACAAUCACCGGAAAGUCUGUCAGAUCCUAUCAACACAGAACUUUCUUUGUCCAUGACACCGACAAGCGAAGAUAUGUCACUCAAGGAUGCUUCUUCGAUAGAUGAAGGCAUCUCUCAGUUGGUCAGUCCGAUGAUGCCUAAGCAACCACAACACAAGUUGACUUAUUCUGACGUUGUGCAAAGAUCUAAAUCCAAAUCUCCAUCACCAAGCAAGACCAUCAUCCCUCAGAGAUCAGAGAAGGCUCGACUACUAGACGCUCUUGAAAAGAGAACUCAAUCAGUAACAGAACCGCAGAAGACCAUACCUGACGAUUCUAUGACUGUUGCGUUAUUAGAGCCCUCAGUUGAGAAAUCAUACAAUCUUGUCGUCAACAAAGAAUUAGAUGAAUUGAAGAAUUCGAUUGAAAGCAAUGAUCCAGUUCGUACAGAAAGAAGUGUUAUUAUAGUCAUUGAAACUAUUUCAAUAUGGCUAGAAGAAAUACAGUACAAGAUCCAAAGACAGACCGUCAACGGCGUCAAGCCGACAGAGGAAGCUGAGCGUCUGAAGUCACUCAAGAAGCACGUGCAAGAUUUGAGGACCAUCAUUGAAGUGACUGAAGUGAAUGAGGAGAUUAUUACUUUGAUCGAAACAUUAACGCGUCAAGUGAACGCGGUUAAUACUUUGAACAGUCAAAGCUCGGACAAAGUAAAACAAGUGGAACGCGAAUGGAUCAAGUUUUUGGAAGACACGGACAAACUGAGUGACUCCGUAGAAGCAGUCAAGAGUACACUUGACGAUAUCAUACUUUCGGAAAUACCAACGCAACAGAAAUUGGACAAGUUAGACAAAAUUGAAACGGAUAACUUGGACAAUAUUGUAAACGUCAGGAAAAUGUUCAAGAGGUGUCGCAGUUUAGUCGAAGCGAACCCUAAGAGGGAGUGUCCAUCUAAAUUAUACAAUGCCGAUGAUGACACUAAACAAGUGGAGAAUACUAUCAACACUGAAAGAGACAGACUGUUACAGCUAGCGUCUCUCGCAGAAGAAUAUGAACAAACUCUACAAGACUUCGGACAGAUUACUGAUGUCGCAGAAGCUUUGCUUGAUGGCAAGAUCAUCGUAUCAGACUUAGACCAUUUGCAUGAGGAAAUUCAAAAGCACAGAAAAUUCUUCGUAAAUCUGAGCCAUUGCAGAGCUAUCCUGGAAUCGCUGGAAGACAAUCUAGACAGUGAGACCAGAGCAAAGUUCUCAUCGUUGCAUAAUUCUCUGCAUGACAGAGCUACAGUUAUCAUCGAUAGGGCUGCGAGUCGAGCUCAACAAAUGACCCUCGCAGCGUCAAGAUGGUCGCUUCUGCAACAUGGUAUGAAGGAGGAACAGCAAUGGCUCGUAGUAGCUCAGCAGAGAGUCCCAGACCUGAGCAACGUGACAUCAAGAGAUCACGAACAGUACAUCAAUCUCUAUCAGUCCAUUAGCUUGGAUGUCUCUCAUCAUUACGCAAAGAUGCUGCGUUUGUUGUCCAUUACUGAAAGUCUACAGAACUUGAUAGUAUGUUCCGGCUUAGAAACGGAGUGUUCUGUAGCGCUUGACACGUUACUGAAAUUACAGGAAGACGUGGACUCGAGGCUGACAAGACUGACAGCUUUCAAAGAAAACUGGAUGACAUACGACUUGCUCAUUGAUAGGAUUGAGGGAUGGAUGAAGAUUGCCAACAGAGAGCUGGAGUUCAUUACGCCAGAAAACAUUACAACCACUGGCAACUUGAGAAGGUUCUGGGAACUUAAGGCACAACAUGAAGUCCACAACAACUUGAAGAAUGAAUCAGGAGUGCAAUUCGAAAAGGCUCUCGAAAUCCUACCAGUCUCUGACGAAAUGGUACAACGUCAAUUCUUCUCUAAGAUCGAAGACAAAUGGAGUGACUUGGCGUCAAAGAUCGACAACAUUCACUCAAGUGCUAUUCAGAACAUCUCAGACCGUGAUGUGUCCUCGGGAGAGAAGCUUAACAUCCUGGAAGAAGAACUAAGAGAACUUCGCGCUUCGUUGGAAAGCCUUAAAGGCGUGAUCAAGAGCGAAGACGAACUGAACCUAUACAUUGAAAGAUUGCAAGUCAUGACUGGACGCAUUGACAGGAUACAGAAUGAAUUGGGAAGACUGAGCUUACUGCCUACUGCUGAAUCAGAGCGGCUCGGUGCUUUGUUGACGCAGUCGAGUAUUCUGAACGAUCAGAUAUCUGAGGAGUUGGAGCGCAGCAUGUUGUUGAAGGAGAAGAUAGUGCAGGUGCAGGUAGGCAUUCAAAGAUGCCAGAAGAGUCAGCGCCGAGCUCGGUUGACGCUUGAAGAGUGUGAAGCUGCUGAAAGGCUGGGAAGUGAUGUGGUGGAGAGGGCUUCGGAGAACUGUGAUAAGCUGAUAGAAGAGUUGGCGUCUCAAUGGCGUGAUAUUCUGGCGCUAAGGCAGUCGCUGCACACGCUGCCGACCAGUCUGCGUGUCGUCGUGUCGCCUACGGGCGUCGAGAAAGACAUCUCUGCCUUACAGGAAACCCACGCCGAGCUAGAAGCAGCUUGCAGCGACCUGAGCAGCCGGCUCCGCUUCAAGCUGUACCUGUGGCGACGCUUCGAGAGGCAGCUCGAGCUGGUGCAGGGCGCCGUGAGGGAAGCUGACUACAUGGUGGAACUCCUCACCGUGCAGGGACAAGUGGACUAUGAUCGCCUGCUGAAGGCCACUGAGAAACUUGAGACCCUGAGCGAGUCUCUCUCGCGCCGCAGCGGCGAGUUAGUCGGCGAGCUGAACGCCGCCGCCGAGCCUCUCGAAGCUUCCACCGAGCCGUCCGUGGCCGCCAGCCUGCGCAGAGAGCUGGACGACGCCGCCGCUGCCUACGAGCACACCUGCACUAACCUCAACCAGCUGUGUGACAAGUAUCACAAAGCAGUGGAGCUCUGGAAGCGCUACCGCGACGCGGCGGCCGCCGUGCGCGCGUUCGCCGACUUCCAGGAGCAGCGCAUACACGCGCUGCGCCCUGACGACGCGCCAAACACUGCGCAAGCAUGCUUAGAACAAGAGGCUCGCGUAGCCGAACUCCGUUCUCUAGCUGCGCGCGUGGCCGCGGAAACCGGGUCCCGCGCCUUACAAGCUGAUGCUGAUGCACUGGCGCGAAGGUUGCAGCUGGUGGCCGGUGCAGUGCAGGCGCUGGCUGACCUGGGUGAAGCCAGGCAGCUGGCCAGGGCUAAGGCACAGCACGCGAAGGAGAAGCUGUGUGAUAUGAGACAGGAUCUGACCCCUGUGCACGAAGACGGUGAAAUAGUCGAAGAACAACUGAUCGCUCUUCGUGAUAACUUAAUAGCUCUGGGUAAGAGCGAGGCAGACAUCGCCCCAGCGAAGGCUGAGCUCCCAGAUAUUGACAGAGACGUUUCCGACGAACACUCGAUAGUGAGGAUACUAGAACUAUGGCAGGCCAUGUUCAGAGAUACCUUCCUCCACUACCAUCGGCUAUCCACCGCACUCGUCAGGUCUGGAGACGCAGCGACAGCGCUGAGACUCUGGCACGAAUACCUAAUAGAUCUGCAAUCAUUCUUAUCUGGCUCAGUCCCGGCUGACUACGAAAACCUUACGGAACACCGUCGACUGUGCAGGGUCCAUAAGAACCUGCUCACGUCACAGAGGUCAGUUCUAAUGAACGAGAACAGGGAAACAAGGAAUCGAGAUUUAGCAGAUAAGUUUGAUACGCUCACGAACCUACACAAUGAGACAUUAGCCAGAAUAGUUGAACGACACGAUGAAGUGUGCACUCGGAUAGCUGCGUGGGAUGACUACAAAGAAGUUUACACGGAACUACUCAGGUGGCUCAAAGAAAUGGAACGAGAGAAGGAAAAGCUCCAACUCAGAUACGUACACAUUAAGAGGAUACAGAAAAUAGUUUCCAAGAUACAGAAUCUCUCAGAUAAGAUCCCUGAAGGUAGACGACAAUCUGACAAAUUGCUGAGUGACCUGAAGAAAGUGCUCGAAUUCACGGAAGAAGCUUACGCGACAUCUGUGAGGAUGGAGUACGCUGGCAUUGUUAAGAGGGUCGAUAACCUUCAAGCUAGCCUCGACACGUGGAGAGACUUCCUGAACAGGAUACUCGGCUUGAUCAAUGAAUACGAAAACCUGACGAACAAUGAACUGCACAAACUUUACUCGAAGACUCAAGAAGAAAUCAUGACUUACUCUGACGAAGAUAAGUUAUCUAGGCCACAGCUUAAGAAAGCUAUUGACAGGUACUCAGAGUUAAGGAUAAAGAUUGUUAAAACUGAAACUCAGAUCGAAGCUCUAAGCGUUAUUCAGGAACAACUUAAGGAAUGCUUGAGUCCUCAGGACAUAAGGUUAGUGAACCAGAGGGUCUGGCAGCUGCGACAACAGCGCGCCGACCUGGAACAUCAGCUGUCCAUCAUCAUCCACCGACUGCAGGAAAGGUUAGAAGUAUACACGAUAUUCGAUUCCCGUCUCUCACGGUUUGUUGAAUGGAUCAGCACACUUGAAACACGUCUGGAAGCCUCAACUCAGAGCACUGAAAUUGGAGCUAUUGAUCCACAAGACUUGAUAAGAAGGAUAAACUCCGAAGUUCAAGCAGAAACAGCAAUGAAGGAACGUGAAUUCGAAUGGCUCACUGAAACUGGCUCCUCUCUAGUUGAAUUAUCCAAGAAAGACGAAAAGUCUUACAGUAAAAACACAUCUAAACAACUAAAAGACAUACAAGAACGGUGGUACAAGAUGCAAGAAACUGGAAGAUCAAGAAUAGCUAAGAUUAACGAGCUCUUGGAAACAAUAUCGCAACUAGAAGUACGGCUUACUGAAAUUAGGAUUAAUCUACAUUCCAUAGAAUCUAACUUAUCUACUCCUGUUGUACUGGAGCAACUAACGACUACUGCUGUUACUGAGAAGUUCAAAGACCGCGAUGACAUUCACAAGGUUAUUGAAAAACAGAGCGGAGAGGUCGGAGAGACUCUGAACCUCUGCGAACUUGUUUUCAACGACCCUGACGUACUCAAAGGCAACUUUGACCUCCGCAACCUUCACACUGGCGUCGACAUUGUCGAAAAGAUAUGGAAGAACAUCUGCGAGAUGUCCGAACUGCGGAAGAAUGCGCUCAAAGAGAUCUGCAAAUCCGCUGAACUGGCGCACUCGUUACUGCCUAAAGUUGAGAAGAAACUUGAAUCCAUUGAAAGGCGGGUGGAGAAGAUUGAGACUAGGAAGCAACGGGGCGAGCCUGAAGACGAGAGUGUUUCUAAAGCUGUGAUAAAGGAUUUGGAUGGUUUGGAAGGGGAUGUGAAGCGGUUAGAGGAUGCUUACAGCCGGAUAGCCGCGGCUCGAGGCGUGGAGUUGCGCGGUGCUGGCGCAGAUGACGGUGCGCGGCUCCGCGCGGGCGUGCGGCGCUGGCAGCAGCUGCGCGCGCGGAUCAUGGCUGCAGGAGCGGAUCAGCAUCGACAGUUCGUGGCCGCGCACGGCCGGGCGGUGGUGGCGCUGGCUGAGGCUGAUGUUCGGCUGACGAGAGCGUUACAUCUUGCACCUACGCCGCUUGACAAGGACACCGCUUUGAAAGAACUUGCUGGUGUCGAACAAGAACUCCUAGAAUGCCAGGAGCUGGUAGAAGACGCAGACCGACUGGCGGCCGCAGUGUCGACAGUGUCGGGAGUGUCGGACAUGGUGUCGGAGUACCGCGCUCUGUUCGCGGAUGUCAGGACCAGACUAGACCUCGCACGGGCGGAGGUUGUCGGCGAUGUUGAUUCUGCUGUACAGGUGGACACCCUCAAAUGGGAAACGGACGCUGCCCUCCAAGUAGAUACCCUCACGUCCAAGGAAACCUAUAGAGCAGAACUAGCCAUCGCUGUCAAAGAAACAUCAGAAGCAUUAGACGCACUCCGAACUGCCCUGGACACACAACCUAACGAGAAGGCGAGCAGUGACGAACUUGCCACUGCCGCCAAAGAAAUAGCCAAAGCUGGUGCCAAACCUGGACAGACACUAGAGCUCGCCAAGCAUCUCUCAGAACUACUCCUGACGGAAUGCGAUGCCACAGAAGACGAGGCCAUGCUCAAACAAGUUGAAUCUCUCUCCCUGACCUACGAAGAUCUGCUCAGCCAAGCGAAGAAACGCGAACUACAAAUCAACAACUUGAGGUUGCCCCACUCAGCGUCGUACGCGCUCACGUGCGAACAUGAGUCCGGCCGGCUGACGUGUCCGCUGUGCUCGGAGCGCAACUGGAAGCAGUUGGACAAUGACCUGUGGCGGCUGGAGCAGUGGCUGCAGUUCGCUGAGGCUACUGAUGAUGCCAGGACCGGACCGCCUGAGCAGUAUGAUGCGCUUGAAGAUGUUAUACAGGAUCACCGUGAAUUCCUCCUGGACUUAGACUCGCACAAAUCGAUAGUAGUAUCCCUAAACGUGGUGGGAUCCCACGUGGCCGCCCACGCUCGCUCCGGCGCCGCCGCCGAGCGAGUCCGCGCCCGCCUUGCUGCAGACAAUGCGCGCUGGGACACCGCCUGCCGACGGGCUCACGACUGGCAGGCACAGCUACAACGAGCACUGCUACACAACCGACAGUUCCACGACAUCGUAGUGGAGUUAGUCGCUCAGUUAGCGGCGGCUGAGAAGACUGUGCGAGCGAGAGAACCGCUGCGUUUAGGACGUGAGCCAGCUGAACUGCAGCGCGACUUCCGACGGUUUGCGGAGUUGCGUGAUGAGUUACGACGAGCGGAGCCGAGAGUCUUAGCAUUACACGAGGCAGCAGCCUUGCUAGCGCCAGGAGCAGGCCCUCACACGCGACUCUCGGAGCUGCGACUACGGCUGCAGUCUCUCCGCAAGCUGUGCUCGGUGUACGCGCUGAAGCUGGGAGCUGCGCUCGCGCACCGCCCCGCCGGCAGCAUGCACGGACUCGCUGCCGCCGCCGCCACGCUCGCGCCACAGCUAAUGGAGGAGGACGAGGAUGAACUGUCGGCGUUGCACCUUCCGCCGCUCGACGAGACACAACCGGUAGUGGAUGAUGCGUCCCCCGGCGACGAGGAGGGCUCGCUGUUCGGCCUGCAGCGCGGCCUGCGCUUCGUGUGCCGCGUGGCGCGAGCCUCGCUGCCCUUCCAGGCGCUGCUGCUGCUGCUGCUGGGAGCUGCGGCCCUCGCCCCCAGCGCCGCGCCCGACUGCCGCGCCCGCCACCCGCUGGAGCCCGUGCUGCGCUACCCCGACGGGCCUCCGCCCCUCUAGCCACACACACAUUCCAUCGCGCCCAUAUCGACCGCGCUACGUUACUUAAUUAUUAGCCCUAAGGACUGUUUAUAAAACGUCGAAAAUAAAGCCUUUGCAUUGAUUCA